AUGUUUUCAGGUAAAGUAGAAAUAUGAAAGAAUUACCCAAUUUGCCUUGGUGCAAAAAUACAACUCGUCCUUUCAGUCUUCACAAUGUCUGCCCAGAAGUAAGUCUGAGGUAAAGGGUAAGGAUUGCAGCUUUGCAUGCAGCUAAGCAGAAAUAUUAACAUGCAGCAAAACCCUAUGCUUCUGCUGCUGCUUUGGUGAUCACUCAAAGCUGAUGAGGUAAGAUUGUCUUUCAUGAACACGGUCUUAAUAGUGAGUCCAUCAGCAACUCAAAAGUCCCGCUGUGGGCAGAAUGUUAUUUGAUUUGUACAUAAAUCUGCAUAAAAUUAUGCUUCCAAUACCAUGGUCGUCAAAGAACAUCCAGUAUAAUUGCCUUAAAGCCUCUGCCCUCUUUCUUGGAUAGGGUGGGGGUGUCCAAAAAGCUGUCUUGAGUAAUCCCAAAAGGCUUCAUAUGACCUCAGGGUUUUUUAAAAAAAAUAAUAGUUUAAGCAGCUGAUUCUGUUCCCAUGCCACACUUUCGGUCAUGAGGCUUAUUUACAGUAGAAUCAUAGAGUUGGAAGAGACCACAAGGGCCAUCGAGUCCAACCCCCUGCCAAGCAGGAAACACCAUCAGAGCACUCCUGACAUAUGGUUGUCAAGCCUCUGCUUAAAGACCUACAAAGAAGGAGACUCCACCACACUCCUUGGCAGCAAAUUCCACUGUCGAACAGCUCUUACUGUCAGGAAGUUCUUCCUAAUGUUUAGGUGGAAUCUUCUUUCUUGUAGUUUGGAUCCAUUGCUCCGUGUCCGCUUCUCUGGAGCAGAAGAAAACAACCUUUCUCGCUCCUCUAUGUGACAUCCUUUUAUAUAUUUGAACAUAGCUAUCAUAUCACCCCUUAACCUCCUCUUCUCCAGGCUAAACAUGCCCUUAGCCGUUCCUCAUAAGGCAUCGUUUCCAGGCCUUUGACCAAUUUGGUUGCCCUCCUCUGGACACGUUCCAGUUUGUCAGUGUCCUUCUUGAACUGUGGUGCCCAGAACUGGACACAGUACUCCAGGUGAGGUCAGACCAGAGCAGAAUACAGUGGCACUAUUACUUCCCUUGAUUCAGUAAUAUUUACUGAACUAUUCCAGUUACAGUAAUUCAUUAGAACGGAACUGCAGGAGACAUUUCAUGGGGUGGUCUUGAACAAAUCUCAGCAUCACCUAUUAUUUUUAUUUAUUAGAUUUAUAUACCACCCUUCAUCAUAAGAUCUCAGGGCCGUUGACAGAAUAAAAUAAAGGAUAAAACAAAUAAAACAGCAAAUCAAUACCCUCCUUCCUAUUGGCAGGAUAAAUUGAGAGUAAGUGUCGCCUUUGAUUUUACGCUUUGUGACCUUAUGUAUAUGAUAUAGUGUAUAAAAAAAAUAACUACAGCACCAGGAAACUCUUGGGUGCUUUUGUAAAUAAAAUAACAAGGAAGCAGACUCGCAGCGAGAUCGUUAUCGGUCACCUCCUCAAACCCCACCAGCUCUCUUUCCCGGACUGUUUGAAAGAAGCGUGUCACCACCCUUUCGUCCAAUCAGAGAAGCGCUACACUUUCCCUUCGUUCCGUUCUCGUAAACCAAUAGAAUUCGCAUGUGUUUCCUCUCCGAUCCCGCCCUCCACCCCGCCCCGCCCGCCGAAAUCCAAAAGCGAGUUUCCUAGGCGCCAGGUAAGAGGCGUGCGCGUGCGCACUUACAAGAAAAUAGAGGAGGGGGCGUUUCUCUCUUUCCCCCUCCCUCCCUCCUUCUUCCAGAGUUCGACGCUUGUUGGGGUUGCCGUGACGUUUCCGAACGGUGUCCUCGCGCAUCAAUGCGCGUGCCCGGAGGCGCCCGAGAGCUGCCGUUCCAGCUCUCGCUUUUCCUUUGGGUGAGCGGUUUAGUGGGGGGGGGGGAGGUUGGGUGGUGUGUUUUUUUGAGGGGGGCAUGUUUUUCUCAAUCAGAAGCGGCCGUUUUAGGUCGUUUUAGGGGCGGUUUCCAUUCUCUCUUGCUUCCCGCUUCCCCUCCCUCCUGUGUCGGCGCCUAAAGCGAGUGUCGGGGAAGCUUUUUUUGGCGGGUGUCCCGAGAAGAGAGGACGGAGGGGCGGGAGCCCAUUUCAGGGGAAACCGGAAAAAAGGCGCGCCCCUUUGCUUCCCUCGCGGCGCUUCGCUUCAGCCCAGCGCCGUCCUUGGCAGGAAAAACGCUAGAAAUCGGCGCCCUCCACGUGUGCCUGGCGCAGUUAUUUAUAUUCUGCGGUGGGGACAGAGUUCCUCUUCCUUUCCUCCUCCUGCUCUGUGUGCCUUGGAAGUGUCCACACUCCUUUCCUAUAAGUUGCCCAUAAGAAGGUCGAAAACGGGGACAAAGCUGAGCCACAUCUCGGCUCCGCAGCAAACUGAAUGAAUGCUUUGUUGGACGAUGCUGGUGUCAGGGAGUGUUUCUGAGCAUGUGUAGAGGGCUGCUCCGGCACCGUGCCCCUGCUGGUCUUUCUGAGCUAAUAACGUGCUAUGAAAGACUACUUUGAAGCUAGCAACACUGACCCACACGGCUCUGGAACAGUUGCAGAAAUGAGCCCUUUUCUUUUAAAAAGUAAUUCCUGUAAAUUCAACAAGGCAGUUAAUUGCUACUUUUGUCGCAAAAGAAAUAGUCUUAAUUUAUCUUGCAGAUUUGUGAAGUACUUGCCUCGGUGUGAAAAAAUAUAUUUGGAGCUGACCAAAACUUAGUUGUGAUUCAGAAUUAUUUCGUACGCAAGAAAGUUGAUGGUGCUUCUCACAUUCCCCCACUCCCAUAGUAAAGGUUUUGGUUGAGAGAGCAUUAAUGAAAAAUUGAGUAUGGACACCAUUCUCUCUGCUGUACCCCACUUCAGGUGCUGGCAGCCUCUAGAAACAGCAAUAAACUCGUGCCAAUCGGCUUAAACAGCUAAAUAUAGCACCUGCACUGUGUGUAGUCAGCAAUCUAAUGAGCUGUGUUCCUGAAAAGAAUUUAUUUUGUUAAAUGAUUGACAACCUGCAUGUGUGUUUUGGUGCUUUGUAUAACUUGAUUUUGAAAAUAAAAAUACAGUAAAAGUUGGGUUUUGCAAUUGUGAUUGAUGUAACUCUAAUCUUGGACUGUUCUGGCAUUUUGCUUUCAAAGAGCUUGUACCUGUUCCAGUCCUUCAAAUGUGCGUUCCUUUUGCGUUUGGAAUUUCUAGAGCGUAUUGUGAAAGAAUUUACUCAGUGUCUGUCUUUGUGGAAGAUGUAGGGAUACUGUGCUACGCUUGUGUUGGCAGUCAUAGCAAAGUCAAACAACUGCACAGCUUUUCAGUUUUGUUUCUCAGUUAUUGAGCUCCUGUACCAAUUUAGGAGCUUGAUGACAGGUCAGUCUCUGACUGUACACUUACCAUCUAGGAAACAAAGAUUAGACAAUGUGAUUUAAAAGUACUGAUAAAAUAGAACAUUUCUUGAAUAUUAUCUUGCUGCCUAUGUGUAACCUCUCUCUCUUACCCUUUAGGGCAGCUAUGAGAAGACAGUAUAAUGGAAGACUUCAAAUGUAUUGCAGAUGAAACGUUUCCAAGUGUUUUGCUUAACUCUGUAACUGGCUGCACCAGUGACAUUUUUGACAAUAUCACAAUUUCAUCAACUCUUGGUAUACCAGUUGCUGCUUCAACUGAAGCCAGACGGAAAACUGGCUCUCAUGAUGGGUAAGACAUUUGUUAGUUCAUGACUAGAAAUUCGUAGAUGAGUGUAGGGAAGAAUGUAUUGACUGAAGGAUUGCUCAUGGUAGGUAAUUUCUAAAUCUGAAACUGUUUCCAGGCAUGGCUUUCUACUUCCAUCAGUGUAUGAUUCAUGAUAAAAAUAGAAUCUAGAUAAUUGGAAAUCUUACAUAAAAUUUGUUGAAACGGAAUUCAGCAAGCUCAGAAUUAUGUGCUGAACUGUCACAAGUUGUGUAGUAACUUGGAUGCAAGUAAAGCAGGUACCGGCAAGGGGCUGUUUGAAGACUACCUCCUCUCCUCCCAAGUGGUGAGAUCUGGAGCAGGUCCCAGACAUAUUAGCAUAUUAUCUCGGUCACCCUCUUGUGUGUAGAGGUGAAUACCUGAAUCCCUAGAUAUUAAAGCUAUUUUUGCUAGUAACUGUAAUAUACAGGGUUGAGUAACAGUAGCUGCUCCAGGUGGAGUUGUGAAGCAGCUUGGGGGCUGCUGGCUUAGCACUAUGAAGACUUAUAGUUGUUCGUAGCAAUGGCCAUUGACAUCAGCAGUAUCAUUUAGUGAGCCACCUCAUAAGCUGCUAUUAUUAGGCAAGAUGCUGAAAGCUGAAGACCAUGGUGGGGGGGAGGGGAAGCAAAUAUGUUCCUUUUUCAAAAGAAGAAGAAGAAGAGUGCUCUGACUAUGAGACACUAAGGAUUGGAGUACCUUCCUCAUUUGAUUUUACCUUGGAUUGCUACUGGAGACAAAUUUAUCAUGUGGUUAAUGUGAGGAGGUAGUGCCACUUCAUAAGACAUUCCUGAUCACUGAAAUGGUCUUCUAAACAACAGAGCUGAGAACUUGCAAAAUAAUGGUUUUGUUUUCUCUGUAUUGCAGACAAUAUGAUGAAGUGUCUUACACGGACAAUAGAUUCCCUGCUCCAUUAGCAUCUUCCUGUAGUGAUGAAUCUGAUUCUGAUCCAAGAAAGAAUCUUAACUUUCAGGAUACUGUGUAAGAAGUAGAUUACAUAAUUCAAUGUUAUAUCUUGUGUUGGAUCCAAAGAUACAUUUCUGCUCACAGAAGACUCCCUUCUGCUUAAAGAUUAGAACUUUUUGAUUCAACUUUAAAAUUAACUUUCAAGAGAUAUUCUCUGACAAAUAGGUUUCAUGAAUGCCUGAUUUAAAUGUUGCUGCAUGUCUUAUCACUUUUAACAGCAGAGAUGGGGGUGUAAUUUCAUUAUAUAUCUUUUGCCAACAGAAAAAACAACAUUCCUCUUCUUCCAGCCUUCAGCUAAUUAAAGAACCUAUGGUCUUUUAAACUCUGUUUUUUUUUGUUUUGUUUGUUACUUGUUAUGUAUUUUUGUGCUUUUAUACUGUAAACUGCCCUGUGAAAAGUGGUAUAUAAAUUUAAUAAAUAUAAUAAUACUAUAGUCCCCCAGAUGUUGGACCUAAGCUUUCAUAAUACCUGACUGUUGGUCAUGCUGAUGAGAAUUGCAGUCCAACAUCUGAAGGUCCAAAGGUUCAUUCCUGUUCUAGACUGCUAAGACCAUGAAAUAUACUCCUUAUGUUUUAAAUCCUAAAAUGUAUGUUAAGAUUAACCUAUGGAUAGUAAUGAAAGCCCAACUCGGUUGUUCUUAGACUAAUUUCUGUGGCAUGUGGAGUUGUCUCACAAGAGAACCUGUGGUCAGAUUGUAUCUAGCAAACUCACCCACUCAAGGCCACUUAUGACUCUAGAAGCAAAUCUUAUGUACUCCCUAUUAAGUUCUAUCUUUUGCUUGCAUGGUGUAUAUCAUUUUUUCCAAAUUAUGACCUGUUGAAGGAACAUAAGUUCCCUGUUAAAAUUGUUUAGGUAGAUGCUGCUAAUAAACCUAGCUUGGGUGUGGUUGGGUUUUUUUAAGUGUUGAAGUAGAUAACUACUUCCUGGCUUAGCUUGUUAAAAAGUACCUGUAAGAUCCUAAUAUAUUUUUCAGAUUUUAGUUAACUUUUUCAUUUAAGUUAGUCUAAUAUUGAUAUUACCAGUUGAGAAGCACUAGAAAAUCUUUAUAUGUUGCUGGAAAGCUAAACUUGCCUCCCAUUUCAGAAUGAUCAUGAGAAAUAAAACUUUUAUUCAAAUACACCUACUAUGUUGGAGCUAGAAGGAAAACACAUGAAAACUGGUUUAUGGAAAGAUGUACUUAGUUUGUAAAAUUUUGGAACAGCAAGCUAUAGGCUAAUAUGCAAACUUAACUAUAAAAAUAUUUAUACAUGUUAAACACAAAUUAAAUUUGAGUUGGAAACUUCUUAUUAAGAAUUGACAAUGACUGUAUAUGUUUUAUAAACAUGCCUUUUAUUAUAUUAUAUUUUUAAAUAAAAUGCAGCAGGUUGCAGCUUCCUGCCUACAAUAUCCAGGGUGUGAUCCAAUCUACAAGAUACCACUAGGGAAGUUAUUCUGGAAUAUAUAGCUUAGUGUGGUUCAGCUAAACAAUGCAGGUGGAGCUGUCUGACAUUAAGUAUAUUAAACUACUACUAAGCAGUUGUAAAAUUAAGAUUAAAACCUUCAUUUUUACUUUCUCAGGGAAUGCUGUAAUAAAGCUGCAGACAAUCAGUUGGAGUCAAACCAGCAAGGAUCUAAUGUUUUGCAGCAAAAGCACCAGCAUUUUUCUAAUGAAAGCUCUGGGAACCAGUGGCAUUCUUUGCAUGAGAGGCUUUCACUUCAACACUUGGAAGGUAGGCAGUUUUCACAGUGUCUGUAGGAAUACUAUUAAGCAUUCUACAAUGUAUUCUGAAGUUCUGCUAAGUGUGGUAUCCUCAUUUGUGAUACUUCAAGUGUAAUAUAGCUUUCCUGCUAAUAGUCACCCACUAUGAGUUUCCCAUCAGUUUGGAAAUGAACUGGAGCUACCAAAAAUAAGGUAGUAGCUGGCAUCUACAUAAUUUGGCUGGCUGACUUGGUGGGAAUAGACAGACUUGGAUGAUGGGGGAGAAUGGAGUAGAGCAGGAGUGGGGAGCUGUUGAUCUACAGACCUAAUUAGGCCUGGCAGACAAUUUUAUUUCUUUACUUUUAUUUCAUAAAAUUUAUAUACCGCUUGAUUGUAAAAAACCUCAGUGGUUUAAAGUAAUUUUGGGCAAACCAAACCCACAUUUCUCUGUACCUGAGCUCAUAUGUGAAUGUACUUGAAGGGUGCAAUUAAUUUAAAAAUAAUAUUCUUGAAUGAUUCCAUACUUGAUUAGUUUACAUUUGCUAAAGGUUUUUGAUAGCGUUCAAUUUUUAUGCACAGUGCUAAAUGGGAGACAGUGACCCCCCAAAAAAUAAACUAGUGAUACUUGCAGAGCAAGAGCAUUUGCAUAAAAUUUGCAAGCAAUAUAAUCCAUGUACCACUCUGGUUAAGAAAUUCCUGGCAAAUUAUUUUCUCUGUCUUUGUAAAGAUGACUGCUAAUGCAGUAGGAAAAAACUUUUUUUUUUAAACUUUCAGAUUUGACAGCUAGAAUAUUUGCUUCAUUUGAAAAAGACAAUGAAGACUGCAAGGUAACUUUUCUGCAGUAUGAUUGAUGUAGACUUUACAAAGAACUAAUGUACUUUUUUUCUAGCAAAAAGUCUUAAGUAAAUAAUGUCUUCUGAAGCAUCACUCUCCGCAUGCUUGGCCACACUCUCAAAGAAUCCAAAGCAGUAGUGAGGCAGGCUUUAUCUUUGCAGAAGCCAUGCUGUUGUUUCAUUAGCAAGACGUCUUCUCUUUUAUACUUUACCAUUUUAUCUUUAAAGCUUUACACCAAUUUAACUGGAAUAAACAUUAAGUUAACUUGUCUGUAAUUUCUUGAAUCCCUUCUAUUUUUUAAAACCUAUGCGACUUAAACGUGGGAUAAUAUAACAUCAUGUUCUGCUUUCCUUGGGGGCAUUUGAUGAACACUAGAGACUUUGAUUGAUCCAGCCAGUAAAAAGUGAAGUUAUGGAGGAGACUCAACAAUAAGUACUUCAAAUUCCUGUAUUGACUUUGGUUUGUAGGCUGUUUCAUUAGAACAUGGUCAGAAGAGGAUAACAAAUGAAAUAGACAACAAGGCUAGGAUCGACUUUUCCAGAUUUAUAGAAAAUGAACAACCACUGAGCUUUGCAAGCUUAGAAGGACAUUCUACAGGUAUUGCUUUAAAAUUCGAAUUGUUUGGUAUACUUCCAGUUUAUUUUUGCUAAGGAUGGCUCCACACUGCCAACAGCAAGCCAGAUUAUUUGUGCACUGGUGUUUCAUGCAAUGCAUAUGCUUCCUGCAGUGAACAUGUGAAGUGCAGAUGAUAUACAAAUGUCCUUAAAACACCUGUGUGCAUAUAUCUGGGGAACUGUGGAAGAAUGCAUGUGGUUCAUACUUAAUAUCUGAACUAAUGGCAAGCCGCUUUUUGCUGAAUUAGAAUAUGAAAUUGGAGAUGAAGAGUUCUGUGAUGGCCAACUGGAGACCUAUUUUGAGCAGCUGGUACUACCAGAAAUGCAGAUGGAAGAUGUUGAAGAACAUGAAUUUGGAGAACAUGUUAAAGCCAUGGAACUGCCUUCAAAUAGGAAAACUGUAAGUGAAAAUUCAGUUAUUCUAGUAUUGGGGGUUUGUAGGCACACUAUGACAUUGUUCAGUCUGCAUGAACAAUUUUGUAAAAGGUGGUUGGGGGGUAGGUAAUGUUGGUAACUUAAGGGAGCUAAAAUGAGGCACAGUUCACUUGCCCCAAAGCUGCAUCUCCUGCAGAGGAUCCUAAUAGCAAUAAUGUCCCUUUUCCCUUUUCUUUCCACACAAGAGCUACAAAAGAAUACAGAAUGAGCAAUAGAUGGAGAUAAGGCAGCACACAGAGACUAGACAUUCUCCCUAAUGUUGUGUACUUGUGCUUGUACGCCCUUGUUGGUUGGUGAAAAGAAAUGGUUCUGUUCAGACUUUCUGGGAUCCUUCAUAAGCACUACACUUGCGGUGCAAGUGGAUCAUGCUCUAACAAAAUACAUAAAUAAUCUUCUGCCGUUACUCAAGAGUUCUUGGGUACUUGAGCUUCAUCUGCUCUGAGCGUGAUGAGCAGCUAGCCAACCUCCCAAUUUUGAAGCUGUAGCGGUGAGCAGGGCUCAUCCUGACACAUUGUAUGAUGUUCCUUGCAAAGCCACAGGCCUCCCCAACUCUAGAGCACAUUGAAGGCAUUUUGGCUGAAAACUAACACUUAAAAUUCUUCAGGAAAAGUUCCAGAUACCUAACGUUUGCCAGGCAGCAAGAACUGAUUCUCCUGUUGCAAGCGACGAAGAACUGUAUGAUUUUAAGGAAGCUGGGCAGAAUGAGAAAGACGAGCAAUUUAUGUUGCCCAUGACAGCAAGGCAAGAGGUGCGUCAUAAUUAAGCUUGGCUAAAUUUCUAGAGAAGACACAAACCUUUAACCAAUAUAGUUUGGGGGUUGCUGAACAUGGGUUGCUUAUACUCGAAUACAUUUUAAGAAUUUUUUUUUUCUUUAAAUUGGAAUGCAUUUGCUUAUCUUUUCUUUUUUAUUUGCAACAGGUAGAAUGCAGUAAACCUAGUCUAAACUCCAGACACAGUGAUAGUUCUGAAAAGUUUCCUGCUGAAAUGGUAGUUUACACAUCUGAAGUAUGCAGUAGAACAACAGAUUAUCAACACGCUUCUUCAGAUACCCUAGGUAGCAGCUCUGUUAUUGAUGGUGACAUUUUAAUGUACUGAAUGUGCAUAUCAGUUUGGUACAACUUAGUUUAUUAUGUGUCUCCUUAAAAGGCACAAUGUUGUCAUGACAAAUUUUAAGCAUCUUUUUAAAAAUGCAUAUUGAGUAAAAAUGAAUAUAAUGAGGAAAAUACAGUAUAGUAAUGAUGCCCAAAGUACUGUGGGAAUAACAUGUUGAUGCCAAGAUGUGUUACCUAUUAAAUGGUUUUUUCUAUUACAACAUUUCUUUCAUUUCAUUUAAAAUCAAUGCUAAAUAACUGUAUCACUGCAGGUUGUCAUGACUGUAGUGAGGAAGAUGGAAUAUCUGUAAAGACGAAAACAGUCAGCAGCAGCAGAAAUGUAAGUAGAGGACUGAAAAUCAGAAUCCAUGUAUUCUGGCUCAAGAUACUGAGUUUGACCUAAUGUUGGGUAUCUCCUAGAGUAGACCCAUUGAAAUAAAUAAUCUUAAGUAACUUGUUCAUGGGUCUACUCUGAGUAUGAGUUGGAUAUCACCAGUUUCUUUUAACAGGGGAUCAUCUCUUUUUUAAAUAAACCAGACUUCUUUUUGAGCAAGUAUUGGGGAUACUUUUUGUUUCUGUUUUUUAAGGAAAACAUUCUGAGUAGUCUGAAUUUCCAAAGCUUCUCAAGAGUUUAUGAAUCAAUCACACAUGCAAAUCCCUAUUAUUUUUUUCCAACCAGUAGUCAUCUGUCUCAUGCCAAGACCUUGAGUAGGCAACAUUAACUUGUUCCUUUUGUCCCUUCCUCCUCUCCCCAUCACCACAAUGAGCACUAUAGUUAACAGUACCUAGCUGAUGAUCCUAUAUGCAAGCUGGAGGGAGCUUUCCCGGUAAAAUUGCCCAAAUGGCAUACACUACUUAACAGCAAUAAACACUUUAAAUUGCUUGCUAAAACCAUACUCAAUGAAAGUCCUUGAGCAAUUAUAGAAAACCUUACUACAUGACGUUAUUUAAAAUUGGUCUGGGAAAGUAUCUCUUAAUUGACAUUAAAAAGAAAAUGAACAUUUUUGUCCAGUUAAUAAAGUAACUCUCUCUCUUUCCUUUUGCUUUUUAUAAAAGGAUGCCACAAACGUAACCAACUGUGAAUUAAAGCUAGAUUCUCUCUACUUUAAAUGCAUUGCUGACAGUAAUGCUGCUUCUGAGAUAUGGCACACAGAACAGCAAACCCAAUUUCCUGAUCUGUCGCAGCUUGCUAAUGAAAAUUAUGUUCCUCUGGCUGAUGCAUACCUGUCGCCAAGUGCUUACAAAGGUUCAGAGCAAUAUGAAUGUACAGCAGAAGGUUAGUUAAAUGCUAGCUCCUGUGUGCUUUCAGCUUCUAGAUUGAUUUUGAGAUGUUGCUGAGUUGGUGGGUGGCUGCUGUGAAUGCUUUUGUGUUAUGCCUGAUGUAAACAGCACAUGGCCUUACUGAUGAAAUACUGUAGCUUACUUGAAAAUGAGAGUGGAACAAAAGUAGCUUUUGAAUAUCCCGGUUCAGUUUUGAUUUAACCACUAAGUUAAAGCAUGCAUGUAUUGCUUAUUGUUGUUGUUUUGUUAAAUCAACUCAUUGUUAGCUUUCCUUUCCUUCCCCCAAUUGUCAAAGUCUAGGUAGUAACAUCCUUUGGAUAGGAACCUUAUUUGUGCUAUAUUGUAAUGUACUCAUUCAUGUACAUGUGUGUCAUGACUGAAAGUGGAGGAAGCUAAAGACAAUAUGUGAUUCCUUUUUUUAGAGGACCCACCACAUGAUGUUGUGUAUCAAAAUGAAGAUGGUAGAUGGGUGACAGAUCUUGCUUACUACACGUCAUUUAAUAAAGAAGAAGUAUCCAAUUUCUCAAACUUAAGUGGAGACUUCGUAGCUGGAUGUAAGCCUUACUAUACCUUUAAAUCUUUGGAAAUGUCUUGGUUGCAUUUCACUUCCUAAUCUUAAAAGAACAGACACCUACAUUUACAAAAUAUGUCAGUAUCAGAAGGAGUUUCGUCGGAGCUCCCUUGAUUUCUCGAGAUUAUUUUUUUUUACUUCGGUUUUAAAUUACCCCUUUCCACAAAGAGAAGUAGGAAACAUAGCAGGGGUCUUGCAAAGCUUUCCUUCGACCUGGCUUGAGUAAGUUUGUACUACAAGAUUAAUUAUAUGUUAGGACAUGGGUCACCAAGAUUCUCCACAUAUUUGUAGGUAAUGUAAUGCAGAUGCCAAUUGGAUGACAGUGAAACAAAAAUACUUCUUUGGGUAACUGAAACUUCAGUGUUAAAGCAAUUGACAAUUAAUAGCAUAAGUAACCUGACUUCUUUAAACUUAGGAUAUUAGUUGUGAUAGACUUCAAUUGUAGUAUUACUUACAAAACUGCUGAAAUUAAAUAAUGGUAGAGGAAAAGGGCUGGCAUGGCUUUCAGAUUUCCUAGCUGAUAGCUCUGCUCCUUACAAAGACAGCAGCACAGAAUACCAGGGCUUCAGAUGAUACAAAAGCUUGUUUUUAUUCAAAGUGGUUCUCCUUGAAUGGUAAAUAUCUGUCUUUUCUUACAGUUGGUAUUACCAUAAUAUCAUAAAACCACACAAAACUUUUAAAUUUUAUUUAUUUAUUUGGAUUUAUAUACUGGUGACAUUUUUAGGAAAAAAUCUCUUUAAGUGCUACAAGUAUCAUGAAAUUACAAAUAGAAAUCAGAAAAUAAUAACUAAAUUAUUUUUAAAAAUCCAUCAAUUAAAAACAUCACAGCCAGUAGCUGAACAGAAUAACCACCUUAAACAUCUCAAGAAGCCUGAGUAAGCAGAUAUGCCUUUAGCCGACUUAAAACAUUCAGCUGAUGGAGCUAAACAAAUUGCAUAUUAACAUUACAUGACCUUACAGGAAACUAAGCUCAGUACAUAAAAUAUGCCUAAUUUUUAAUGUAAUUUUUACUUCACGAUUACUUUACCUUUCACUCAUUCAUCCAUUCUGCCUAGGGAAUGUGGGAUAUGCUAAGAGGUUAAUCGUUUCCCUUUCUUCCUCUUACUCUUUGAAAAGCUGAAGCAAUUGCUGUGAUUGACCAAGAUCAAGAAGAAUUUGAAAGGGAACACAGAUUUAUUCAGGUAGGAAACAUCGUAAAGAGGCUAUUCUGAUCCUUUUGUCUAUAGGUAAUGAUAAUUCUUGACGUUUUUGUUUGCUACAUUUUCAGGAAGAGAAAAUGGAACUGCAAAAUACCUCUGGAUUAGAGGACUCUUCAUGGAAAUGUGUUAAUAACGGCAACCCACUAAGAGGUUCACAAACUGACUUUAGCAAAGAUGCUAGUUACCUACGGCUCUCUCUAGGAGAGUUCUUUGGUCAGAGGUCUGAGGCUCUUGGUUGUCUCGGAGGAGGAGGUGAUGUGAAACGGGUACGUAGCUGUCUUGUCCACAUACUUUUACCACUAUAUGUACGUACUUGGUUUUUGACAAGAUUCCUCUCAGACUACAAAAUAGAAAUAAGUAAAUGAGCAGGCUCAUUACUGAGUAAUAGAGCAUAUGCUUUGUAUACAGAAAAUGCAGGUUUAGUGCCUUCCAAAUUCAUUAAAAUAUCUCUGAUAGAAGGACUGAAAGAUAUAUAUGCCUGAGACCCCGGAGAACUACUGCAUUUUAUGUAGCCCAUUACUGACUUGUCCAUGAGGUAGUCUCAUGUGCCUGUAAACACCUGUUGAGUUAUUUUCUACAAUGGACUGUGAAACAUGGGCAAAGAAGCAAAUAUUUGAAGGCAAGUUUGACAUCUUCCAGAUCUAGACGCUGUGUUGGCCAGCUUCUAUUACUACAUGUUUCUCAAAGCAUUUAUCACGAACGUUAUUUCCUCUUACAGCCAUCUUUUGGUUAUCACAUUACUUCACCGGAAAAGAGACAACCUCUUCCUUUGUGGAGGCAAUCAGAUGUAUCUAGAACAAACACUGAUGAACAGAAUUCUCAGACAUCUACUCUUCAAGGUAAUUUCUUGUAAACCUAAUAAUUUCCCGUAAACCUAAGAAUUCUGUGUAAGUAGCUGCUUUAUCAGGCGAAGCCAACCUAGUGGCCUCCAAAGAUUGUGAACUACAGUGGUGCCCCGCAAGACGAAUGCCUCGCAAGACGAAAAACCCGCUAGACGAAAGGGUUUUCCGUUUUUCGAUGCGCUUCGCAAGACGAAUUUCCCUAUGGGCUUGCUUCGCAAGACGAAAACGUCUUGCAAGUCUUGCGAUUUUUUUCGCUCCCCCCCCCUUUUUCUAAGCCGCUAAGCCGCUAAUAGCCUUUUAGCCGCUAAGCCUUUAAUAGCCGCUAAACCGCUAAUAGCGCUAAGCCGCUAAUAGGGUUGCUUCGCAAGACGAAAAAACCGCUAGACGAAGAGACUCGCAGAACGGAUUAUUUUCGUCUUGCGAGGCACCACUGUACAGUUUCUCAUACUUCCCACUAGCAUGGCUAAUGGACUGUUCACAACACCUGAAGGGCAUCACGCUGGCCACGCAUGAUCUUAGCCAAUUGUUCACUUCAUUUCCAAAAUCUGCUUAUGUAUUGGGCCAAGUCUGAUUAACACUAUAUCAUACAGUUGCAAACUAUGCUGCUAGCCUGCUAACAGAGUGUAAGUGAGGGCAAGAAAAUGGGGUCUGUGUUUUAUAUUGCGCAUAUUCCAGAAUGGCAUUAGAGGACUGCUCUGCCCCCUGGCAACUAUGCUGCAGGGUUUCAUGCUGUUUCAUAUUAAGGUAAGGAGCAGCUCAUAUUUUUCAUGCAGAGGGCAGGAUUGACUCAUGGCCAACCCCUCCAGGGGCAACAUGUCAAAGUGGGCAUGGCUGAAGUCUAAAAGUGAGGAUAGCUAAUUUUAAAUUUCUUUUUUUUAAAAAAAAAAAAGACACAGAGGUAUCGCAAAAAGCUUUUGGUAUCGUAACACUGGGGGUGCAUAGGAACUUUUAAAAGUCAUUUUGGGCUGUGGGUCAAAAACCCUGUUGGGGCUAUAUGCAGGCCAAGAGGUUUUUUUAACGGAUUUUAAAAUUUUGGUUUUAGUGCUUUAUUAUGUGUGGUAUUUAAUGGUACAGAUAUGUAAAUCACCCCGGAAUCUUUUCAUGAAGGAUGGCUUAGAAAUCAUAGGUUUCCUUAUGCAGCUUAGUAUUAUCCUCACUCACUGUGCUUGGUAUGAAAAUAAGCAGUUAGAGUACAGAUAGAAUUAAAUUGCUUUUGCAUAGGAUUUUUGUUAUUCCAAAUAGAUCUUAGAUGUGUGCUUAAUUACAUUUGUGUGGUGUUUACACUUAAAAUGGUCAUGUUCGGGCAAUCAUUCAUAGUGUCAUAAAACACAUUUCUCUCCCCUUUUCACAUUGGCCAAUGACUUGGAUCUCCUGCCUUGCAUUAAUCCAGAAUUCCCCAUUGCAUCCAAGCCAGGGAACUCUAUGUUAAUGUGAGUUAACAAAUCAGGUUAAUAUCUGUGCCAAAGCAAGUAUACAACAGAAAGAGGUGGAACAGCAGCAUGAAAACAUGGAUAAUGAUCUGAAUAUGGCUAGGCGCAGCAUUAACCUUUGCAAUUUGUUCUUUGCAAUAUACAUUUCUUUUAUUGGCUUAUUGUAAGCAGUAUUCUAGCGAACACAAGGUAACUUUUAUUGUCUUAGGGGAUGUAGAAGAAAGCAUUAAGGAAGACUCCCACAUUGCAUCUGCUACAUUUACCCUUUGUGAAAUGAGUGCAAAAGACACAGGGAGAGGAAGGGUAAGUAGGCAUCAAAAGCAAAAUAAAUAUCUGUUAAAAAGUAUUUCAUUUCUUAUAAGAAUUCUGAAACAAAUAUUUCAGUGUGUCUAACAUACCAUAUUUUUCCGUGUAUAAGAUGCCCCCAUGCAUAAGACGACCCCUAUUUUUUUUAACCCAAGAUUAAGAAGUUAAGUUGUUUAGCUUUUUGGGGGGUGGGGAAGAUCACUUCCACCAAUCACUCACUCACCUGCCCACCACUGCCGAUGGCUUGCCACAGCCAUUGCUGAUCACACACCCCGCCCCAGCUACCAAUUGUCUGCCCCCUUGCUGCCACCAACAGCCCACCCACGUACUUGCCGCAGCCGCCAGUCGCCUGCCCGCCUCACCACAGCGCCAAUCGCCUGCCCAAUUGCUGCAGCUGCAGCCAAUCGCUGCUGCCAAUCUCCUGCUUUCUGCUGCCAUUAACCACAUGUCCCCCCUCUAUAUUCACUAUUUGUGUAUAAGACAACACCCAAUUUUUGCCUUAUUUUUUUCUUUAGCAAAAAGCAUUGUCUUAUACAUGGAAAAAUAUGGUACAGUUAAACCUGAAGCUGGAAGUUAAAACACUGUCUCAUGAGUGGAAAACCUGGUCAGUUUUUCUGAAUAAAUUGUCUGAGUAGCAGAACUACUUCUGGAUCAGACCAAAGGUCUGUCUAGUCCCACAUUCUAUUCUCAGUAGCCAGCCAAAAUGACAAUGGGAAGCCCACAAGCAGGACAUGAGCGCGAUGAUGCAGUUCCCGUUUAAAAUGCUCAAUAACUGGUAUUCAGAGCUAUACUGCCUCUGAUAUUGGAGGCAAUAUAACCAUUAUGACACAUGAGUUCAGCUUUGCUACGGGAUGUUAAAAAUGUCAACUUUUCAUUUUUCCAACUUCUAGGAGAAAUGUGAAGACAGAAAAGUUGAAUGUAAGCAGCAUGAGCCAUCUAUAUUAAGUAUAAGCACAAUUGCAUAUGCUAUUGCAAAUGCUUCUGUUAGUACUGAUCCAGCACAACUCGCUUCUUUGAUGACGAAAGCCUCAAAUAAAAAUAGAGAAGUAACUAGCAUCUCUGGAGGUGUCAAACUCACAGACUUUUCUGCCGCAAGUCAGUCAUAUGUCAACAAUGUAGAAAAUAGCACAUUUGACAUAGAGAAAUAUCUCAGAAAAACUGAUGAAGUUGAGAAUGACGGUGAAUCCGAAAGCGUAAUUAAAGAUGAAGCAACUGCCAGGGACUUGCGUACAGUUUUGUACAAACAGGAAUAUGAAAUGCCUUCUCCAAGAGACUUGUCCAAAAGUAAUUUGUCUAUCAGGCAUGGAGAAGAGAAGCUUAAUCUAAGCAUAAUACAUGAGGAAAACAGUUACAGAGACUCAUCUUGUAAAACAAGUUUUGAGAAAAAGGAAAUGGAAUGUUUAAAAGCAGCAUCUAACAUAGGUGAAGACUUUCUUCCAAAAAGCCUGACUUCUUCUGUACCAGAUUCAGAAAAGAGACCAUCAGAAACUACCACCAUAUCUUUGGAGGAUAGUGAAAAAACACUUCCCAGUAAGUCUUUAACAUGUCUUAUAAACUGUUUGGUAGCUGUGCAAUUUUAAAAAGAACAUUUACAACUGACAUUCACAAAAUGGCAAUUAUUUCAAUGCAGCUUAAUGAAAACUUUGGGUCAGUAUGGCUUGUAAUGAGAGAAAUGCUCUUUUGCAGUGGAAUAGAUCUUUUGACCACACACAUAACCCUUUGCACCGCUCUUCAUAUAGGCCUGCAAACAAUUCAGGAAAUCUGCACGGUGGUUUCUUAUUUUUGUUUGCGUUGGGCAGCUGUGCUUAAUAGUUUCAGAACAAAUCAGGAUACAAAUCCAACUUCCAGCCAUGCCAUAAUACCCUGGUGUGUUUGAAAGCUGCUAACCAUAAUUUUCCAGUUUAGAUGAAAUGCAAACUCUAAUUAAUGGAAGAGUUUGUGGUUUGUUUGUUUGUUUGUUUGUUUGUUUGCUGGCUUGCAUGAAGGUACUUCAUGUGCAGCCAGAAAGCUCACAUAUCAGCUUUUGAUGCCCAUAUGUGUUUUAUCUAAAUUAUUUCUUUUGUAUACAACAAGGUUCCCAAACUCUGGUCUGUGAGCAGCAUUCAGGUGGUCUACAGUGUGUCUGCAUUCACACAUAUUACAUUGUUUUAUGUUGCAUUAUGGUUUGAAUGCUAUGGGAUGCAAAUUAUGGUACAAUAAAAUACAAUAUAAGCAAUUAAAGAUGCAAUAAGAAUACAAUUAACAUUCAUACAGCUUCUAUCACAGUGUGUUGUAAAUGCUACAAUAGGCAGAAAAAUAAUUAUGUGGUCUGCCAGGAUCAUAAGUAAUUUCCAUUGGUCUGUGUGGGAGGAUGUUUGCAACGCAUUUAUAAGAGUGGAAAACCCUGCAUCUCUGGUAUAAAGUAAAAAAUGUAUAAUUGGAUUGUGAACACUUUUUUCUUUAUCCAGCUUACUCUGAAUCAGAAGGAAGAACCAGCAAGAACACUCUGCCCCUCAGUUUAAAAUCUGUUCCAAUAUUGCUUUGCCCUCUUCCUGUACACCCUAAUAAGGAAAAAACUAUAUCCAAUAUUAAAUACCAAGAGAAACAAGAUGAGAAGAAAAUGGAAGAGAAUGCUGCCUGCAACAAUGAAAAACAUACAGCUUUUGAAAAUAUAUCUGCUGAUAACCAGAAAGAUGUUGGUGAGUAGAGUAUAUAUUGAUUCCUGCCAAAGCCUGCUUUGAAAGUAAGCUGAAAUAGUUUGUUAUUUAUAGGUUUAUGAAGUUUAUUCUUCAUUCCUGUGCUUUAUAACUGCUCUCAUCUACCUCUGGAGGCUGUUUCUUGGCCUCCAUUGAAGGAGAGCUGCUUUCCUCUGAGGCAUGGUUGCUUUUACAGAACAUUAUUUCUUCCUUAGUUUUAGUUUAGUUAGGUGGGCUUGGUUUUGGGCUUCUGGGCAGAGAACCCUAGUCUUCAGAACAAGGCAAGAAGAGGUAUUAUGUCUCCAAAUUGUUCGCAGGAAUCUAGGUCACUUGUCCUUUUUCUAGGCCUGUAACCAGGUACUAAGGGCACCCAGUUGACAUUACUUGGAUUUCUGAAAUGAUCUCACUUAUUCUAACAGACCAGGACCUAGUUCAACAUUAUGUUGGCUUGCCCCAAAAUUUUGUUAAGAUCUAUACCCCCUGGAUUUAAAUGGAAUUGUAAAGGACAAAAGGAGCACACUUCUCCCCAUCAACUCUCACAUUGCUUGAUAGCAAGAUUUGAAACCAUAAUUUUUCCCAAUUUAUUGUAGUGUUUGCAUGUGAUUUUCAGCAGAAGCAAUUUCAAUCUGGACUAAAAUGUGGCAAAAUACAGGUGUCUUAAGCAUCUUACUGAGUCGCUCUCUAACAUGUUCAAGCUCUGCAGAAAUCUCACCCAAAUAUUCACUGGCCCUUAUUACUUAGAGUUGCAGCCACUCUGAAAGUGGGAGUACUAGCCUCCGCUCCUCCACAUGCAGCUGCUGGGUGACCUUGGGACAGUCACACGUCUUUGAAGUCUCUCAGCCCCACUCACCUCACAGAGUGUUUGUUGUGGGGGAGGAAGGGAAAAGGAGAAUGUUAGCCGCUUUGAGACUCCUUCAGGUAGUGAUAAAGCGGGAUAUCAAAUCCAAACUCUUCUUCUUCUUCUUCAUGGGUAUUCUGUAUGACUUUAUUCUUUUCACCUAGUUCUCAUAACUUGUGGCUCAUGGAGCAUCAAUCUAAUAAUGGUCAUGCAGUAAAGUGGCCAUGGUAGCCUUUGGUGCAUAGCUGUUUUCAAGCAGCCAUGGAUUGAUUCACACAGAAUAUUUUGUCCCUCUGAGUAAGACUCUCCAAGUAUUGUGGUUAAUAACGUGUUCUUUUGAUAACUAAGUCAAAGCAGAAGGGUAUCAGCGUGACUAGCUUCAGGGCUAGACCUUCCAUUUAUAAACAUUCUCAUUUCCUGCAGUUUUUGACAGAUUCAUUGAAUUGGGUUGUCCAGAAUCAGGUAAGGGUAUUUCAGGCAUGGCCAGAAAACUCUACCAAUUUCCCCUGGGAUAAGGAAGUGAUUGUUUCAGACAAAGGGGACAGAUUUUGAGCUGACCACAACUUGGUUUAUUAGUAGCCAAGACGCCUCUGCUAUGUAUUUCUCCCGUUUGCCAUUGUUUUGAAAGCAAUGCCUGGAAAGAAUCCCAAUGAUUUUGGUUGCCACAUACUAUAAUUUAUAUAAUAAUAAUAAUUUAUUAUUUCUACCGCCCAUCUGGCUGCGUCUCCCCAGCCACUCUGGGCGGCGGCCAAUCGAGUGUUAAAAACAAUACAGCAUUAAAUAUUAAAAACUUCCCUAAACAGGGCUAAUAAUAAUAAUUUCUUAUUUAUUCUAAAUAAAUAAUUUAUUAUUGAUUAUACAGUCAGCCCUUUCUACUGGCACUUGAAAGGAGGCAAGCUUCAGCAACCGCUUCACUGUUGAAGAAAUGCCCAUCUGAAGAAUUUGAGCACAAUUGCUAAAUAUAUCUUUAUAGAAUGUCAUCUCAUGACAAACAUGGGACAUAAACUGCCAUAGUUCUUUCUGAUCAUUAAGAGGUUGGCAUCUGGGCUGACACCUGCAUUUUAUGUAUAGUAAAAAGGUGGGGCUGUGCACAGUCAGAAUGCUACAUCUCAAGGAUAUCCUUCUAUCAUAUACUUCACUGUUUUACCAUUUUUAUGUAUAGGUAUUUCAUAGCUAAAUAUGAAAUCCCUAAAUGUAGGCUUUGCAAAUUUCUGUUGAGAAGUACUGCCUCCUGAGGUGGAUAGUCACUGAUAAUCUGAAGUCAUUCUUUCCAUCGCUAGGAGGAUUAAUUUCAACAUCUCCUUUUUAAAAUAUUCAGGUAAUGCUGUUGUAGUAACAGAACAGACACCUACAACUCCUGUGCCUUGUAUACAGAUUUCAGAUGAUGAACAAUACAGUUUCAGACCUUCAACGUCUCCACUUAUUCAUUCAUCUCCAAAUGAAGCUACUGGAACUGCUCUUUUAGGGUAACUAUUGUGUGGGAACAUGAAAAGCCCAAACGUGGGUGGGAGUUAGUAGUUGAAUACGGUUAGAUGGUUAGAUUGCAUGGUCUGAGCCAUACAGUCCACUGUACUGGCAUAGCUCCCUCAGGUCACAGUCAGUCUUCCCCAUCACCUGACAGCCCUUUUUAAAAUGAGAUUCCUGGGAUUUCCUUUGUGCAAAGCAUGCUCUCUGUCUUUGAGAGAUAAUCUCUCAGUUGAAUAUGCAAAUUAACUAAUCAUUGGCAAAUAUUACUUUUGACCUCUGUACAUGAGGCCCUAAUUUUUAAACACUCUUCAAUCAAUAUAAACCUCUUCAAGACAGUUGUCAUAAUAUAAAUGGCAGUCAAUUUUACAUAUUUAAGUGUGAACUAGAAAUGAGGACACUGCUGCUGCUGCUUCUUAGCAUUCUUGCCAAGUGAACAAUAUUGCAGUAUUCAGUGUCAAAUCAAAGAGCCAGCAUCGUUAAUUUAUUCUUAUAAAUUAUGUGACUCGCUCAAGUAGUAAGGAUACUCCAGAAAUUAAUGUAGCUGCCUAUUAGCUACUGAGCUAUGUUCAGGCUUUCGUUGCUGGAAUUUAAACCCUACACAACCUGGCACCAGGAUCCAAACCUGAUCUUUAAGAUCUUCCACAGAGACACUGCUGGCCGUUCCACAACCAGACAAUUGUCACUAUGUGACAUCACCAAGAAGGCCUGCUUCCUGCAUUGUCACUCAUCCUCUUGGGUAAUGCCUCUUAAAACGUACUUUUACCCAAGCUUUCCUGGACUCUGGGUCUUAAUUUUUAAUUAUCUGUUUAGUAUGCUGCUCAGUGUUACCUGUGGUGCAUCACUUUGUGUUAUUGUUUCUCUUCACUUUUAGGGAUUUUGUUAAAUGUUAUUAUCAAUAUUCCAUUAUUUAUGUAAACUGCUUAUUUUUAUUUAGCAGUAUACAUUUGUUUAUGAAAUACUGUGGUGAUACAGGAAAAAUGAAAGGCAAGCCUCAUGCUACAUAAACAAAUUAACCAUGGUGCUCCUAAAUCCAAGUUCACUGACUGUUGAACAGGUAGCCAACAUGGUGCCCUCCAGAUGUUUUGAGACUACAUUUCCAUUAGCUUAAGCCAGCACUAACCAGUGUCAUGGAUGAUAAUCACUUGAUUAUUAAGCCAAGGCUGUGUCAGGGUCUAUACUGUGUCCAUUACUGGCCUGUGGAGUGAAAUGAUCAAAAGCAAACUCAAAAGCUGCAUCUAGCCUCUCACUAGAUCAUGUAGUUUUAGCAGUUACUAUGUCAUUUUGCUUCAUGCAACUGAGAUCUAGAAACACUUUUUAAAGGAUUGGCUCAGAUAUGGCCUCCUUUAAAGGCUAGUAGCACUAAGCUGGUAGCAACCAUGGGUCUGCUAGGUCACACUAAGACCAGAAGGUGGGAGGUGGAACAUUGGAAACACAGUGCUGGUCUGGUGGCAACCACUACUCUUACCGUGGAAACAGAUGAGGGGCAAAUCACAUUACUCACGAAAUGAAAAGCCGGAUAUUAUUAAAUGGUUAUGUAGGCAGUUUGUAUGUGGGUACAUUUUUUUAAAAGUCAGCGUUCUUUGUGUUUUAGAGCUGAUGCUGACUGUCCUGCUACAACAUCAAAUUCUAAGGAAUCAUCUUGCAAUGAUAGCUUACCUCAGGUGCUGUAUACUGAUCAUAGCUUGGGACGAUUGACCUUUGUCUCUGCCACUGAAAAAACCCUUCAGAAUCUAACUCUGUCUAGUCCAGAGAGAUGUCAGGUAAGUAGCUUGUUAGAUGCAAAAUAUUUUUAUAUGCCAAGUUUCAAGUUGUAGUAUGAUCUUAGGUACAUUUAUGAAGAACUAUCUUCCCAGAAGUAUAAAAUAUUAGUCAAGGAUUAGUGUAGUAUAGUGGACGGUGGCCUAGAUUUUGACUUGUAUUACGCAAGCUGAAAUUGUUACACUUUAGCCAGGACUCUGACUUACUCUGUACAGUGGUACCUCUGGUUAUGAACUUAAUUUGUUCCGGAGGUCCGUUCUUAAGCUGAAACUGCUCUUAUCCUGAGGUGCUCUUUCGCUAAUGUUUCUUGUCCCCUUAAGUACAGUGGAACAUACAUACAAAGGAUUGGAUGAGUAAGGAGAACUAAUUUAAUGUUCUGGUCAAAAUGCACUGUAAGUGGUAGAGUUAACCUCCCCCACUGCCACAUUGUAAACUUACCACGUUCAUGAACCUGCUGCUCUGGAAUUCAGAUCAGUGAUAUGAAAAACAAAAUGGCAAAAUCAUAGCAAAUAUUCUUAGGACACUUGCGAACAUGAGCUAAUAUGAAUUAAUAACACAGUGGACUAUGAAAACUCAUUUGUGCAGUGCCACAGGAGAGGAGAACCUCUCGCCUGUGGACCAAACUUGACCUGCCAGGCCUCCCCAUGUGGCAUGCCAGAAUGUUUUUCCCAAAGGUAUGCCCACCUGCCCCAUAACUGGCAAAGUCUGUGAUGUCAGGUGUGGGGCAGGUGUAGACAAGCAUGGAGGAAGCAGGAUUAAUCCUCCACGCAUUAGCUCUAAUCCUAAUUUAGGCAUUCCAGCAAGUUCCCACAGGGAAUUGUCUAGUACAUCCCAAACCUCUAGAAAGUAGGGUUGAACACUGAUACACAAGGAGUUCUGUCCUGCUUGGGCUGUAUUUCCCACGUCCAUGGACCAAUUUGGCAGGUGGGUGGGUCAAGCCACCUGCCAGACACCUGACAUCAUUAUGACAUCAGGUGAGUGACAGGUAGGUGGCCCCACCUAUCAAAGUUGACCUGUGGGGAGUGGAAGAAGAUAAAGAUCUGCUCUGCUGGGUCAAAAAUGUUUCCCAUCCCUGCCUUGCCUCAUGCCAACUACUAUGCUGUACCAGCAGGGCUAGUACUGGUGGCACGGAAAAUAUUGCACCUAACCUUUAGUUGCACAUACACACUUGCUCACUUAAUACACCUUGAUACUUCUUAAGAAUUACUUUUUGCUUCAUUCCUGGGGAAGCAGCCGCCUGGAAGCAUCAUGAGAUUGCUGACUUUAUAUGAAAAGCUUGCAGUAAAUACUCACCUUGUACCAGCGUUGUGUGGCUUUUAAAAAUUAGCUAUGAUGAAUUUAUUUAACAUAGUCGUCUGUUUCACACAUCACGUUAAGCCCAUGCUAUGGUGUGCUGAUGAAUGCUGCUCAAACUGCACCUGCCUGGAGAGAAACCACACAUUGAGCCUUGCACACCAUGCUAAGCUUUCACUGUGGUUUUACCUUUGGCUCAGGAAAUGGAGGAGCAGAGUAGGUGCAAUUUGAGGAGCACGCUGUUCAUUCACAGUGAGCCAUAGUUUGUAUCUAACUGUGGUUUAGUAUAACAUGCGAACAGGGCCAGUAAGUAUUGUUUCUGCAUUUAAAAGCCUUGUUUUUUUCCAUUGAAGAGGAUAAUCAGUUUAGGCUAUAAUAUUAAUUUAUUUUGUGAAUUAAUUGUGGUGUUUUGUCUACUUGGUAGGCAAGUAUAGUAGGCUCACUUUCUGUGUGUAGAGGCUUUUAAUAUGUACUAAUCAUAAGCUUAUUACAAAUUAUAAAUGCUAAUCAAAAUUUUAAUAUCUUCUAUUCAGAAUAAUCGUGCUAGUGGCUGGGGCACAACAAUAGUUUGGACCAGCCCAACUUCAGCAUUGGAAGAAGAAACUAAAAAAAACAUUGAUUUGCAAAAUAACAAACAUCCAUCACUAAGCAGUGCAAGCACUAGUGCGAGAAACCAUAAUAAGAAGCUAGAAAUAAACAAAUCUGCAGAUGCUUCCAGCCUACCAGAGCACCAGAAAUCAACUGGAGAGCAACCAUCAAAGAGCAAAGAUCAGUCUGCACAGAAAUGUUCAAAUAGUAAUGAACUGGGAAAUGUUGAAGUACCAGUAACAGAGCAUGGGUAUACAACCGCAGCACAUGGACCAGGCUUAGACUCUCAAAAAGAUGUGCCUGCUCAUGACGGUUUAGGUGACUGUAUUUCAUUAAGUCAAAAUAGAGCAAACUUUAAAUCACAUGUUCCUGCUUCAGAAAUUCCAGCCAUAUCUUCUCAAGUUCCAACACUGCUAACAGGGUGUUCCCUUAGAACAACACCAUUUGCCCAACAAUAUCUGAGAAGCUUGCCAUCUCAAACAAAUAUGGCUCUGCCUCAGUAUCAAGUUGGAUGUCCUCCAGUUUUUGGUGUUCCACCAGGACUGAUUUAUUCUACCAUCCCCGUGGGUCAUGUUCCAAGCUCACUCACUGCGGGAAUGACACCAGGUUCAGAAGUUGGAUCUGGAAUGUUGGGUGCAGCUCCACAGUGCAACUUCAUAUCCAGCCAGAAUGUCUUUAGUAGCAUUCCACAUACAGUACAAGUAGCUGAUGCUGGUGGACCUAGACAGCUGGAGGAAUCUGUGCCAUUUGGACUUGGUAAGUUAUUUGUUUCUCUUCCAGCAACCUUAUCUAAUUCCUUUGUGGUCAGGAAGACAUUUACUUGGACUCCUGGUCAUUCUUUUAUAUAUUUAAUUUUUAAAUGAGCAUCAUUUACUAUCUUUAUUUGUUCAUUAUAUGUAAAGCAGCCAGUGAACAAUUUUUUAUCCUGCUCCCUUUGUCUGCUCCAAGAAGUUGAUAAAUCCUUCAGAGCAGAUUUGAAGGGAGAAAUCCUGUUGCAUGAGCAGAACUCUGCCUGCAGGCUGUUGCAUAAAAUCCAUUUUAUCCAACAGUUGGAUAAAAUACAUUUUAGCCCUGUUUUAUGUUGUCCAAAAUUUGCAGCUGAAACAAUUUAUUGGUUAUUUUCUCUUUCCUAGAACGUGUAAAAGUCCCAGAAGAAGUAACGUUCCCUAAUGCUUGUUGUGUGGGGCUGACAUCACACACAGUCCUUAGUAUUCUUAACCCAUCUGAACGGUGGCUCCAGGUCAGCAUCGGCCUUCUUAGUAUUAUGCUUGAUGGUGAAAAGGUAUGUACCAAAUCUUGAUAUGUAUUGUGCAUCUUUUAAUAUUUUACUUUUUUUCUCUAGUGAAGUAAACCAUGUUUUAAACUAGAGAUGGCUGCCUGCUUGCCAGCCCCCCCCCCAAAAAAAGGGCUAGAAAAUUGUUAACUUGAAAUUUGGUUAAAGCUCUGUACUUUUUCAUAUCAUUCAACCAUAAACUAUGAUGGACUUCAACACUCUUCCUCCUAUUGAUAGCAAUCCCUGUUUUUCAAACACAAAAGUCAUUGUGAUGAAACUUUCAUACCUACGUUCCAUUUCAAAAGUAUUCACCAAUGUACCAUGGGGAAGGGGGGCACAGCAGUAGAAAGGAUUUGGAUAUCGUCAACGCAGAACCUUUAAAUGCCAUCCUAAUUUUUUGCAUCUAUUUUAUACCUCUCUAUUGAGAAUUGCUGGCUUUGUCCUGAACCUCUGAUUGUGUGUGUGCUUCUUUUUUUGCAGAUGGACCCUCUGAAGCACAGGUGCUUCCUGUUUAAAAACAAAACUGUCAUAGGACCUCGUACUACGGAAGAUCUAAAAAUGCUGUUUCUACCCUGUCAAGCAGGAGUCUUUCAGUGUGUGCUUAGCAUUGCCUCUUGGCCAUUUACUGCAGAUGCAGAUACAAUAGUCCAGGCACAGGCCUUAGCAGCUAGAGUGAUUGUGAAUGCAGUUGCUGAGAUUCCCGAUAUUGAGGUAAAAAUCCAUGAGAGUGCAUAAUGCAUAGUUCUGAUAAAUACAUAGUUAGGGAAGGGGUAUGUUAUCAGCUGUAUCAUUCCACAAAUUGUUUCCUGAAUUCCAAAUGACAAUACUGAGUCUUGAAACUUAAUUAUUUCACCACACUAUAAAAAAUAGUCAGACUUUCACUAGUUUUACUAUACGAUAAAUGGUCUCUCCAAAUCUACCAAAAUUUGUUAAUUAUCAAUGUAUAUAGGAUGUACAUGUUCAUCCUGAGGGCUGCAGUCUUCCAGAGGCCGAAGUAUGGAUGGACCUCUGUACAGUAGGUACGUUUCUGUCCACAGUCACACACUCCUUUAUAUUCUCCAUCCUGGCAAGCAAGAGGCAUUAUCAGAAUUCAAGAGUACAUUCCAGCCAGGGAAAAAAUAUUUAAGAAGGGUAUAAAGUUGGGCCAAAGAGGUGGUGUGACUUGGGGAGAGUCCUGAGUGCCAGACAGAGAGAGGUGGGGGCCACAUUUGGCACUUAGGUCCAAGUUUUCCUCAUCCUGAUGUACACAAUGAGUAAUUUUUAAUAACUUCAGAUGUUGGUGAAACUUUUUUGUUUCUUCGUUUUGGCUAAUCUGUAAUAGUAACAGUAAGAGGUGGUGGUCAGAAUGCUUCUCCAGGAGGGGGCACAGCUAGAAUCUCUUGUCUAGUUAUCUUUUAGUGACACCUGUUUGCUUCUUCAUACAAAUAAAUAUGACUUUGUGUGCCUCAAUUCUUAAAUGUAUUAUUUCCCUCCCCCUUUUUCUAAUAUUAGGUGGAAGCAGGAACGACAAACCAUCUUGACUUUGGUGAUAUGCCAUCUGGCAGCUGGAAAGCUCUUCCACUGAAACUAACAAACAAGACAUGUGCUAGAGUGCCAGUCAGACUUGUUAUUUAUGCAGUAAGUAUUCAUUCAUUUAAACUUAUAUACAAGCUUUUAUCCAUAGUUUGCAACACAAAAUACUUCACAAAAACAAGAACAAAAAAAUGCACAAACCAUCAACCCCCUCCCAGUAUAGCAACUUGUAUAGUGAUCUCUUGAGAAGCAACAACUUGUAAGUGACUGCUACAUUGGUAACCAGCAGCUUGGUUUCACUCCCAGAUAAGCAGAGAGCCAAUGGUAAUGGAUUACCCUUGUUGCAGUGUGUUGAUAUCACCUGAGAUAUUUUCUUUGCAUCCUGACAUGUUUCUCUACAAUGGGAAUGUUGGUUGUGUAGCAGGAUUUCAUUAUGCUAUUCCCACAACAGCUGUCAGAAGCAGAUGUUCUAAGAAGCUGAAGCAGAGGGAUUGCAACUGAUGAACCUUAUUGCAUGGCAAUACAGUUGUGAGGCUGACUGCACUGUAGUUUUGACUUCCAUUGAUUUAGUAAAGUAAAUCCUUGCUCUAUUUCUGGAGGUCUACUUCAACCUGCAAAUGUUUCAUUAAAGAGGUUGAACUAUCCACUUCUGCCCUUGUCUCUUCUGCCUGUGAAACCGUUGACCAGGUCACUUUCUUCCUAACUGUCCAAUCACUCAUUUGAUGUUUCUGGCAAGGAAAGCUUUUCCAAUACUUCUCCCAGAUCAGCACCCUCAAUUAUCUAUUUUUUGUUCCAUCCUAUAUUCAUCCUCCCUUCCUUCUGGCUUUCUAAGUGUAUGUACAUAAUGUAACAUAGUUAUUUACCUUCUUGACCAAGGAAAGUCUUGACUUUCUUGGAUUCCUCUUUCUACUCUUCAUCUCCAUGUCAUGUUGCUACUCCUUGUCUAACUUUGCUAAAUACAGCACACUUAUUUUCUGCCCCUUAAUGUAAACUCCAGUUGCCACCCACCAUUACUGCAGCCUUUUCUUUUUCUGGCUUGCAGUUCCCCCCAACCCCCAGCUUUCCAGAACUUGGCUAACAAAAUAAUUGAUGGCCCCUUAGACUGCAUAGCAUCCCUAAACUCUUACAUUGGGAUCCUAUCAACUCCUGGAUGCAGCACAAACUCCUCAUUGCUGCCUUACACAGCUGCAUCCCCUCUAAUUAUCCACUCCUUAUAGCUCAAUGCGUUUGUGACAUGUUCUUUAGCUGUUUCAAAGAUCUCUUGCUUGCUCAACUUGGAAUACUGGAAGCAUCCAUAUAUCAAGUCCAUAGGAUCCAUUUAGUAUUGCCUAUAGUGGCGGCAACAAUUUGGGGUUACCUUGAGAUUUCGGGAGACUGAAAUUAGACGUUUUUGCAUGCAAAACACGUUCUCUGUUACUGAGCUACAGCCCUUCUUUCAGUCAAAGGUUUAUUUAAUCUGGCUUCUAAAAGGCAUCUAUUCUGCUCAGCGCCCCAUAUGCUUGGAGUGCUCUCCCAGAACCCGUGUGGUACCACCUCUUGCUUGAAAAUUUUAUUCAGUUGGCAAAACAGCAGGGCUCUAUUUAGCAUAUCCUGACAACAGUCAAUAACCUGAAAUGCUAGAUAAUUUAGGGGAUGGCAGUCAUGUUCUGCUUUUAAAAUGUAAAAAACAUCUUUAUUACAGAAUGCUGUAGCAUGGCGGUGUUUCACAUUUUCUAAGGAACCAGUUAACACUUCUGUUAGUUUGCUCCCUACUUGUGACAUUUCCCAGCGAGCAGCUCCGUCGGUGAUAUCCCAUGUAAUGAAUGCAAGAAGUGAUGGGCAAGUAAGUCACUAUAAACCAAAGGAAUAUAUUUGAAUUAACCAAAACAGUAUUUAUCCUUAAAUGUUUAGCUGAAGCUUUGCUUUUAGUAUCAGAGUUUUUAUUUGGGAAGUAAUUGCCGAAGAUCCAGGACAAAGCACCACCUUUCAAAAAUUCCCCCGUAUGUCAAUUCUGCCUUUGAAAUCCCAGUAGUUUCUGGGAAAAUCUGGACAUAUGGCAGCCCUAGUAUUGGGGACAUCUGUCUUUCACUUAAAUUGGUGGUGCACUUUUCUUUGCCAGUCAUAAUCAGUUGUGUUCCGGUGAGCACAGAACCAUUCACACCACAGAAGAGCCCUUCUCUCUUCCUACUGUAUCUGUAGUUUAGGGUAGUAAAGACUUAAAGCCAUGGUCUUUAAAAAUAUAAUUCUGUGUGAAGAUUGUAGCUGAUCAAUGUUUCAACCAUAAUCAGUUCUUAAAGUUAAAAAUGUUUCAUUCUACACAAAUGUCUUUCUUUCCAGGAUCCUGAUGUUCUAGUAGUGUGGGUUCAGUUCCAUGCACCGAGCAAAUGCAUCACUUCAGGUAUAGAUCUGCUAUCUUAUGAAGCUGAUGUACAGUGGUACCUUGGUUGUCAAGCAUAAUCUGUUCCGGAGUCCAUUGGACUCCUGGAAUCAUUCGAAAACCAAGGCGCGGCUUCCAAUUGGCUGCAGGAGAUUCCUGCACUCAAUCGGAUGCCGCAGAAGCUGCGUCGGAAGUUCGGCUUCCAAAACACGUUCACAAACUGGAACACUUACUUCUGGGUUUGCAGCGUUCGGCAGCCAAGCCGUUUGACAACCAAGGUACCACUGUAUUAGGAAUCUGUGUUAGUCCGGCAGACGCGAAUUCUGCUUGAAAUAAUAUUCAUGAUUCCAACCUAUAUUCAAAAUCUAGUAUGCAGAGCUUUUGCUACUCAGAACUUUCAAUCCUCUUCACAGUUUGAUUUUUUCUAGAUUUAAAUGAACAAAGUAUCAUGUGAAUAAGGCUCAUGUGUUUGGAGACCCAGGCAGAAAAGAGCCAAAAUAGUAUUUAUCAUUAAAUGCUUAGCUGAAAGUUUGCUUUUAGUAACAGAGUUACACCUGCUUAGCAAAUUAAGGUCUGUGAUAUGUGAUAUCAUGCCAUGUGAUGAAUAGCUCUCACAUUAGAUAUUCAAGAAGCAUUAAAAUGUUUGAACCUGUGCAUAAACGUUAACAUACCAAAUCUCUGUUUGCAGAUUUGCAUACUUAGGUCUGCAAGUGCUGACUCGCGUCAUAUCUAGGUUAAAGAAGGCAAUGUGCUAGGAUUUCAAGUUUCAUGGAGGUUCUGGGCCAGGCAGUAAUGGGCAAGCCCUUAUGAAAUGUAUAUAAGCAUGUGCCAUAAGCUGUGCUGUCCCUUGCAUUCAUUGUAAUGCAUGCCUUUUAAUGUGAGGCAUGUCAAGCAUGCAUUAAGCUUUGUAGAAAGGCUGGUCCAUUUUACCUUGAGUCACUAUCUUUUGUUGAGGCUGGAAGCCAAAAAUGUAUCACUUCAACCAGUUGUACGAUGUACUCUGCAUGCUGAAACACCUUUGAGGUAUGCAGAAGCCCUGCUUCAACAUACCUUUUAGGAUGUACUUCAUUAUUGCUGUUUCCAUUCAUUUGCUGCUUUGAAGGCCAGUUGUAGCACUAAAACAUUUUGAAAUGGAGAGCCUUGCUUAAACAGACCAAUAUUGAUGUAAAAUACUACCAUAGCACCAGACACGUUCUAAUUUGACAUCACAGUUGGGUGGUUAAAUGUUGAUAAUACUGUACUUGGUGUCAAAACUCAUUCUAGAACAAAUCAUAACAUUUUACACUUGAUCAAUCUUAUUCUUUGCACUUGCUUUAUUCAGAUUCUUUGGGCCCUGCAGAUGAGUAUUUUGCAAGAAUUGAUGUGGAGGUUGAUUGUCCAGAGCCUGCUAAAAUUUUAAGUAUACCUCUGCAUGCAAGAUCUGGAACUCCUAGGAUAUAUGCUCCAAAAGGCCUACAGGUACAUUUCCCCAAACCAUCUUUUGUGAUACAGCUUAUUUCUUUCAAUAUUUCAAUUCUAACUACCACUUGAAACCUAUUUUUUCUAGACUUUAUAUAUGUCUGCGAGAAUGGGAUUAUCAACAAGGCAGCAGUUGCCAUUAAAGAACGCCGGGAAUAUUAAAGUUGACUUGAAAAUCCUGGUAGGUUACCUUACUAUUCCAAGAAAUAGUUCUGAAAUUACUGUCAACCAAAUCAGUCUAACUUAAUCAGUACAUAAUAGAAAGAGAGUCCAAUUCACGCUUUCCUGGCAAAAAUUUUAAAGCGCAAAUUGAUAUUGCAGUCUUACCAACAAUUUCAGAGGGGGUCAUUGUUCCCAUCUUGGUUUUGUCAGCUGGACUUAGUCAACUGGACUCACCCACAGUGGAAAGUGGAGUACAGGGCCUAAUCGCCUGGUGCCUGCUUCUGAGACAAGAGAAAUAAUAGCCACCGUUUCCAUGUUGCUGCUAUGCUGGGCAGAAGGAAGACAGCUGCUCAAGUAGUUCUGGCAUAGCAUCAUCUACUUAUGUGUGUAGGGGGCUGGGUUAGUAAUGUGAUUUUAUUUCUAAAGCCACAUGGUUGGCCACUACGAAGCUCUUGCACUAUGUGGAUGCUACAUAACCCUCGGCACAUCCUGGUGAGAAUCUCAGCAUUCCUGCUAAGAUCUUCCCUGUGAGAUGGUUGUUGUUUAGUUGUUUAGUCGUGUCCAACUCUUUGUGACCCCAUGGACCAUUGCACGCCAGGCACUCCUGUCUUCCACUGCCUCCUGCAAAUCAUGGCAACUAUGCAUGUAUUUUAACUGAUAUCCAUGAAGUGGUUUAGAGUCAGCAUUUGAAUUUAGCUCAGAAACUAUAACUGAUCAGAACAGAAUAAUUGCCAUAUAAUUUGAUCUAACUAAGGACUCUGGUUACAACACUGUAAUUCACUUUUGCACCACUUGGAGCUUCUAAAUUUUAAAGGCAGCUCCGUGAAGGGUAGCUUAUGUGUUGUAAUUUGGAUACAACUAGGGCAUUGUUGUAUGGAGCAAAAUUCAGCUUCUCUAGGAAAUAUCAUAUCUUGUGUAGCAGCCAGUGGAGACGAAGAGUGUUCCUGGCUACCAUUGUCACCUGAGGAUCAAAGGAUGACGCCUUGAAGUAACACUAUUCAUUUCCAGGCACUUGAGCCAGAUAGCGGCAUUUCUGUCAAUCCAGAGGACCUGGUUCUUAUACCUGGGGAAGAACAAGAAGUGACAGUUGUGUUUUCUCCAAAGGACUAUAGAAAUGCUGAAAGGUAAUGCAUCCUAAUUGGCCCAAUGAUAUUAAGUAGAAAUUCUUUUUACAGAACUUCUAACUUGAUGCUUUAUUUUAAUAGUGUUUUAAAAAUCUUGGUACUGCCAUCUGGGCCAGAAUAUAAAGUGACUGUAAAAGGCAAAGUGACUGCGGUGGAGAGCAAACCUUUGGUACAGAAAUACCCCAGUUCAGAAGUUCCCCCCAUCCUAGCUAACAAGCAGUUUCUGACAUGGGGAGGUAUACAGCUUGGCAGAACAGUGUAAGUACCAAGAAAAAAAGAUAUGCAGUGCUUGAUUGCUGCUGGUACAUAAAGCGUGAAUCAAUUUUUCAUUCAGGAGUAUAAAAAACAGGCAACUCCCAUUUUGUGUGCAUUGAAAGCAUGCACCAUUUUCAGACCCAGAAGAGAUUGGGGUGGGCCUAUGCACGCUCUGCCAACAUACUCGAUGACCUAGAAUGCAACCCCCAUUCAAAUCAGGGUUGCCGGCAAUGCAUUGUUCAAACAUGGUGAUGCUCGGAUCCAGGGAGUUCCUGCAUAAGCAGAACUGUCUUUGCCAUGUCCACAGUCAGACAGGUUUGCUGAUAUCCCUUACUAUUCCAAAUGACCAUCAGAAGCAGCAUUUAGGGAUGUGUGAGAGACUACAGUGUCACUGUCUUGUCCUUACUGAGCUUCAGUAUAUUGGUCUUCAUCCAGUACAUUCCUGGAUCCAGUGCAGUACCCCUGUAAAUAGAUAAAAUACCUGGCAGCUGGCAACUCUUUUUAAAAGAAAGAAAAAAGCGACCCCUUAAUGGCACACAAAAUUUACUGUUGGAUAUGCCUGCCUUCUCAGCGUUGUACCCUUUGCUGUACAUUUAGAAGCAAGCACAUGCUGUGCAUAAAUAGCCAAAACUUUAGACUGUUGAUAAGGUUCUAAAUAUGUCUUAUUAUGGAAAAUAACACUAUUAUAACUCAGUAAAAUCACAGGUGUACAGCUAGACCAACUAGCUCUUCACUAGAUCACCUUGGAUUUACCAUGCUGUAAUUCUUGGUGGAUUAUCAGGGCAACUGUUCAUAUAUAUAAGCAAAUUACUGUGAAAUGUUAAAAUUUCUAUAUUUUUUCAGCCAGCAGAAGCUAAUCCUGAGAAAUAACUCUCCAUCUAUUACUCAGCAGUUAAGAUUGCUGAUAAGGGGUCAAGAUCAGGACUGUUUUCAAGUAAGUAAUGCAAAAUUGAAACUGUUUAUAUAAGUUCAGAUUCAAAUAUACUUGGUAUUUGAAACUGAAGCUAGGUUUUAUUUUAAUCUUCUCACUGAAAUAAGCCUUCAAAUGUUAUAUUCUUAGUCUGCCAUCCUGUACACAGUUACCUCAGAGUAAAUCUCAUCAAAUUCAGUUGGACUUUAUCAGCACAUACAGGAGAGUACAGUGGACAUGAUUUCAAAUUUUAAAUUUCUGAAAUGUUGGUUUUGUUAUGCCAGUGUCCCUCUUACAGCAGUGCUUGCUGCUAGUUUUGUUGUAUCAGACUUAAGAAUCUUGAAUUUUUCUUUAAUAUACUCUGCAUUUCACAGAGCAAUGUUAUAGUGGAAAAUAUUCAGUGGCUUUUAAAACCACAAAUUUGAAAAAAAUGACCAAACUUAAGAUUCUUAUAACUAGGGAUGGAGAACAGGAUGAGGUGAUCAUCCUAAUUUCAUGUGGGUGGGUGGGGGAAUCCCAAAGGGAGAGAAGUGCAAAGAAAGUUAGAGAGGGUGCCAAUUUGAAUGGAGCCAUCAGUUCAGCCAUUUACACAUUUUUCCUGUACUGAGAUUUAUCUCUGUGCAUGGAAAACAUUGCAAAAUUGUAAUGAAUAAAAAACACUUAUUCUUACUAUGUCAGCAUUUCCAUAGAGUGGCAUACCUCAGAGGUCAUAGAAUUAUGGGAGCAAAUUAUUUGGGUUUAAACUGUUCAUUAAAAUCUUAACUCUUCUAAAUUAAUUUUCUGAAUUAAAGUAAUUUGCUGUGUGGAUUUUCUUGUAUAUUUGCAGUUGAAACUUGGAGAACAUGUGUACAAUAAUUGUGAAAUCAAGAUCCGACCAAAACAUGAUUAUUCUGUCUGUCUAAUGUUUACACCAACUCGAUUAACCUGUAUGUAUGCAAAGCUUGAAAUGAAACAGCUUGGUCUUCUAUCUCAGCUAGGAAUCAAGUUCACUGUAAGUUACUUUUUACACUGAUCCUAUUUCAUGGGAUGUUAUUAUGUUCAUUUUUGCAGUAAGUCCUUCAGGAUGUUUUGAAGUAUCUUCACACUUUCUGACAGUAAGCCAGACAAGAAACUGACCACUAUAACCUCCUUGGAUUUUAUUAUUUUACUCCAGUAGUUUUCUUGAUAUUAAGAGUGGUAGAGAGUCUCUCCACAUCUCAGUAACUCCCUUGCCUUGCACUUUGGAUAUCUUUUUCUUCAUGUUCUGGGCCUUUCAGUGUCUUAAGUCAGUCAUUCCAGUAGCUCCCAAAGAAGCUUGCUUUCCUCACUUUUCUCAGUGGUGAAGGUGAGGGACGCCUUUGUGAAGAACCAUUUCAGGGCACCAUGAAAUAGCUGUUCCCAACACAGCCAACUUCCUUCAACUUGCAUCUGCCUGCCUGUAAAGAUCCUGUUACUCGUACAUAUCAGAAACCAGUCAUUAUUUUGCUUACUUAAGCUACUUUUACCCUGCUUUUCCAUCAUUUGGUCUUUAGGGUGUGCUACAUAUGAAUAUUUUAAAGAAUUUUAGAAUUCUUUGAUUGUUUUGAAUAUUAAAGUUGGGGAUAAUGAAACUGGGAGCAAGGUUAUUUCAAUUCUGAUUUUUGUAAAUGUACGUUUUUCUUUCUUUCAGAUACCAUUGUAUGGAUAUGGAGGAAAUAGCAAUCUGAGAUUAGAAGAUGUUAAAAAACACUGUAAUAGAUACAUAGUGGGGCUGACUGAUAUAGCGGGGCUGAAUGGUAAAACAAGACAGGCUUCUUUUUCUGUACAAAAUACAGGGAGUCGGGCUGCGUACGUGAAAGCACUGUGCUUUAAGAACUCGAGUGAAAUAAUUGUUAUGGAUCCAAAUGUGAUGAGAGUUUCUCCAGAAAAGUUUGUUCUUCAGGAAAGUUCACAGCAGGUAAUGUGAAAGCCACAAUAUAUAUAUUACGCAAGGCCUAUAAAAUGUGUAAGCUGUUAACAUUCCCCCCACCCACCCAAAUAUGUGCCAUAAAAUCUUGCUUUGUGUUUGUGAAUCUUACAUAUAAUUCAAACAUUGUGCCACAAAUUAAUUUACCAAAAUUUGACUGUUUCCUCUCAGAAAGUUACAGUAACAUUUAAUUCAACUGAAGAUCAAAGUAAUUCACCAGUGUUGUCUACAAUUUGUUUUGUCUAUGGAGAUGAAAUUUUGAGACAGCAGUAUCGCAGGUAAGGCUAAAUGUUUUUUGAGAAAUAACAAGUAUAUUCAUUACUAUCUGUUCUUAAGAAAUAAGAAGCAGAUGGUUAGAAUGGAUAUUUAAAGAAUAAAAGUUUUUUUUUAUAUUGGCUGUUAAAUAUUACUACAGAGCUUUUCAAACUGUGUGUCGUGAAACAUUGGUGUGUCGGCUGUGUCACGCAAAUGCUCCCCACACUGCUCCCGGGGCUAGAAAGGGGUUAGUUUAACCUCCAGUUGCUAGUAAAACUGAAUUACUGUGUCGUGAAAGGAUGCAUGUCUAAAAUAGGUGUCACCAACAUGAAAAGUUUGGAAAGCUCUGUAUUAGUGGUUAUUAAAUAACAUAGCCAACUCUGUCUGUGUUCAAAGAUCAACAGUCACUGGUAUCAAGAACAGGAACAAGUUCACUUUUUUGGAUUAUAAAAUCCCUUAUUGUAAAAUACGUUUGCAAAAGGUUUGGAAAAGACUGGAGUAUGCAGCUGUGUUCAGCACUCAGAUUUGCUUCAUUUUCUGGCUAUGGCAGGUUAGCACUUGAGGGUCUUAGAAUGUCUUUGUUUUUAGUCCUGCUCCCUCUCCCCUUGUGCAUGGUAGUCAAAUGCUUCGUAACAAGUUGGUAACUUCCAACAAUCCCACAAUGAACAUGUAAGAGCAGUACAUCUAGGAAACAGACAUAUGUAGGUGUUUCCCUCUUCCCUGCAACAUAACCAAAGUAGUUCCUAUUAUCUGGCCUAAUUUGAGCUUGCUUGGGCACAAUGUUUGUGGGCCCAUAAACUUUCUCUGUUGUUAGUAGCAGGCCACUAUAUGUGGUCAUUGUCAGUGCUGCUUCUCCGCUCCCCUUUGUCCUCUGUUAUGUGCAGACAAAUCAGUAGUAGUUGGACUCUCCACAGACCAGUGGAAGGCAAGAUUAUACUUCCAGAGUUCUAACUCUGUGUGGUUCUUUAACCAGCAUACUGGACAUCUGGGGCAGAUGAUUGCUGGAAGGAAACUUUUGGACACAUUUGUGGAAGGAUGAUUGAGUUAUGUUUGUUAUGUUUCUCAUUGGGAAUAAGAAGCUGAUCAGAUGUAGUCCCUAAGCACACUGUAGUGCAUAAAUGCUUUUAAAGUGGGGUAAUUGGAUUGACUGCUUUACAGAGUAUUUUAGUGUCUUUGUUAAAUGCUUCUUCAUAACGUUAAUGAGACCUGAAAACUCUCAAUUGUCUACUCAGAGCUGUACAGCAAAAUCCAGAGCAAGUGCAAAAAAUGCUUCCUGCUAAUAAUCCUGUGAUAAAUGUAAAGUUUGAUGAAGAAUUCCCUGGGGAAGAGCUGGUGACUGAAGGUAAGCUUGACCACCCUGAGAAUAUCUACUUGUUUGUAUAUUUGAUUUCUCGCCAUUCUUUAGAUGUAUUUCAAAUUUAGCUUUCACUACCACUUUCCCUGCUGAUCAGAAGGUCGGCGGUUUGAAUCCCUGUGACAGGGUGAGCUCCCGUUCCUCGGUCCCUGCUCCUCCCAAUCUAGCAGUUCGAAAGCACGUCAAAGUGCAAGUAGAUAAAUAGGUACCGCUCCGGCGGGAAGGUAAAUGGCGUUUCCGUGCACUGCUCUGGUUUGCCAGAAGCGGCUUAGUCAUGCUGGCCACAUGACCUGGAAGCUGUACACCGACUCCCUUGGCCAAUAAAGCAAGAUGAGCCCCACAACCCCAGAGUCAUCUGCAACUGGACCUAAUGGUCAGGGGUCUCUUUACCUUUACCACUUUCCUUUAUUCAUAUGAUUAUAUUCUUGCACUCUGGUUAUCAUAAUGCAGGUGCUAGUGCAGCUGGGUUGUUUUUAACAUGGUUGAUAGUAGGGGAUAUUGUGGUGGCGCAGUGCUUCUCACCUGACCUCUAGUCCAUCACGUUGCUGCUGUUUAUGUCCCCAGACCUCACAGCCUCCUUACCCUCCCAGGAAGCAACACCUAUGCGACCUGCUGGAAGUCAAGUGAGCAGCCCAUCUCACUGUCCAAUACUGGUUGAGAAAUCAACCUUGCAGCCAUCUCUGUCCUCUCCAUAGCAAAUUCUUUUCUCUCUCCCAUCUCCUAUUGUCAUUCCUCCAAUGCUAUUUAGGAUUCCCUUUUCAUCUGCCUUUGGCAGCAGUAGUUGCUUGAUCUUGCUCUAAUUCUAGCUAUAACUUUUUAAUACGUUUCUGAAGCUUGCAUCAUUCAUGUCACCUUUACAACAUUAGCUUUUAUCCCAAAUGUACAUAUUUGGAAGUUCCAUUUGAAAUCAGUGGGAAUUUGUGUAUUCUUGUGUAUCUGCUGGGAGGCUGGUGAUGGACUAUGUCCAUUUUCUCUCUUAACUUCUAAAGAAUUUGAAAAGGUCCAGGAAUGCAAUUACUGUCUGUAAAGACGGUAAUAACCCAGUUGAUAAGUCUGUCAUUAGUCACCAAUCUUCAGUAAAUACUGCAGUUUGUUUCAUUAAUCCAGCUUUGCUUUUGAUUUUUAAAUGUCUUCUCUAGUAUAUGAUCUUCCGCAACAUUCGUUUGAUAUCCAGUACUUUUUCAUGAACAUGAGAAGGAUUAUUGUUUCGGCGGUUAAUGCCUUCAGUAGUUCUGCUUUCGAUAUCAAGCCAUCUUCAGUGCAUCGUGUAGCACUAGAGAGGUAAUUUUAUUUGUAAUUUUUUAGUAUUUUCUGAAAUACUGGUAAGCAGUUCCUCUACCUUGGUAAACUUUGAAUAUUCCAACAAAAAAAAGAAUUAAAAGACUCUGAAAUUAGGUCAUAAUGUGUAGUUACCUGACUGGACUACUUCAGUGACUGGGGUCUGUAUAUAAUCUUUCUUGGUGGUUGUGGGUGUUGAUAUGAUUCCUGUGGAGUAAUACAUAGGGGAAAGGUUAUGUUGGGACUGAAAACCAUUUUCAGAAUACUAAAUUCAUCUGCUAACUUUUAAUUGCUUUUUAUCAGUUUUUAUCUGUCUGAAACUCUGGCUAAGUCUAAGUAAGGCAAGGGUUUUUUAUUUUCUUUUAGAAGGCAAGUUUUAUACUCUGAUAUUUGCUUCUCUUGUCUCGUUUCCUAGUAUUUGGUGUUGAACUGCUCUUUCUCUGUUUCAUAGACCUGGUGUUCCUGAGAAAUCCAAUAUGACUUUGGAUGUACUACCUGUUAAAGGACCUCAUGGUUGUGCAUUGUCAUCAAAUGCUGAUAGCAUUGAUGAAAAUAAGCUUGUUUCCAAGGAAAACUGGACUCUUCUGCCUGAAUUUCUAAUUCUCACUGCUCCUUCUCAAAGUAUGUUAUUUCCACACGUUUCAAGAUCUGUUAAAAAUAUUCACCAUGAUAUUUGUAACCUAUAAAUUGCUUAGGAUUGUUAUGUGAUAGAUAGUAUUACUGUGAGACACAAUAAUAAACUGAAUUUGUUUGGGAUUCGGAAUAUUUCUCCAUGUAUAUAGAACUCUGUUGAUAAAUUGAUCAUGAUGCAUAAAUUCUGGAAUUAAGAGAAUUUAUUUCUGUAGUAGAGAUGACUUCAAAAGCUUACCUAGAAACUUUCAGUAGGAUUUUCUGUGUUUUACAGAUCUCCUUGUUACAGUCAUACCUUGGUUCUGGAACACCUUGUGACUUGAACGUUUUGGUUCCUGAAUGCCACAAACCCGGAAGUGAGUGUUCCGGUUUGUGAACGUUUUUUGGAAGCCGUAUGUCCAACACAGCUUCCGAUUGAGUGCAGGAAGCUCCUGCAGCCAAUCAGAAGCUGCGUCUUGGUUUUUGAAUGUUUUUGGAAGUUGAUCCGAAUUCUGGAACCAAUUCCGUUCAAGAACCAAGGUAUGACUGUAGUUCUAAUUUGUUACAAGGAAGUAAAAGAUCCUUGUUUCAAUGUUGGUAACAAAUCAGUUGCUGGCAGCCUAGUCAGUGGUUGUAAAGUUUCCACUUUCCAAAGUAACUCACAACCCACUAUUUAGAUAUCAAUAAAGUAAUACAUGCUUUUUUCCUAUAGCUGUAUUAUGUAAAAGCCUUUGAUUCAUUACUGCACAUGUAAGUUUGGAAGUAACAUUUGCAUAAUUGAUACGGUUGUUAAUGCUUUGUAAAUAGCACUUAAAUGUAUUAUAAGAUAACUGAGAAUUCAUGCAAUUCUUAUCUCAAAAGGUGGAGCUGCGAUUACUAAACAUGCACAAAUAAGUAACAACUCAAACAGGUCAUUGACAUUUGAGCUAUCGUGGCCUGCUCACUGUCUGACAGUAACACCUCAGCAUGGAACUAUUGAACCAGGGUAAGUACUUCCAUUGUUCAUUACUUUUCCACAUGAUUCCAUUAAUUUGAAAACUGUCCUUUGCCGUAACUAAGGUUGCAAUCCUAUAUCCACUCAUGCACAACUAGUUUCUGUAGAAUUCAAUGGGACUUACAUCUCAGUGCCAUUGUAUGGGAUUGCACUGUCAGUCCGAUUACAUCCAGCUCUUGAGAUAGCAUGAAGGUGAAAGGGAAGGAAUCUUUGUACAGUUGUGAAGAGAGUUUCUGGCUAUGUCCAUAGUGUCAAGCUUUUCUUUCCUAAAAGAUUAAACAGCCUUGUUUUUAUUUAUACUGAGAAAAACCUUUAAUUCUUAAGGAUAACCUAAAGUAUUUGUGGUUAGCACAGAAAAAAUUAAUACUGUACGUAUACAAGAUAUAUGAUUCAGAUUGAGUUAUCAGUGUAUUUCAGUUUUAUGUUUUUUAAAUAACUUAAAGUUAGAGCCUUUCUCACACAAGAUUUCAUAGUCUUCUAUGAAAAUUCUGCUACCAUAUGAUCUGAAGCUGAUAUAUUGCACCUAUCACAAUAAUAGUUAUACAGUUGGCAAGCAUAUUGUCACCCCACUUGAUAUUUUGCUUCUGAUAGUGUUGUAUCAUAGACCUAAUAAUUCUAGCUCUGUGUACAUGGCAGGUGCACUGGUGAUUGAAACAUCACUAUGUGAGUUUUCCCUUGUCCUUAUGAAGCUAGACUUGUAGAUAGGCAUGGGUUUGCAAUUCCUCAGAUUAAAUUAAUAGAAUACUAAAAUUCCAUCAGUUGUGUACAAAAAAGUCAAGAAGAACAGUAACCAGAUCUGAUGAUGAAACAUUGAUUUCAUUUAGCAUAUUAAAAUUAAUGCACUGGACGUCUUAUUUCUAGAAGCAACAUUUCAAUUUAUGUGAGUCCAAAUCCAUCACUCGCAGAAAAGAAAUCCAUGUUUCCAUGGAGUGGCCUUAUUUAUGUACAUUGUGAUAAUGGACAAAAAGUAAGUGACUUAAAUAAGUGUCUGUGGUUAUGAAAAUUCUGCCAAAUGCCUUGGUUUUAGAAAACUAAUUUCAUGUUGUCAGUUAAGUUUUCAUCUAUUGCUUUAAAGGGAGUAGUUUGCAUUUCCUAGAUGAAGUUUGCAGUUAUGGGAGUAAGUGAAGAAUUGCUUGGGGUCAGUUUACCUGAGGAAUAACCUGCUUCUAUAGGAUUGCACCUGGCCUCAGCGGGUUUUCUCUUUGUGCCUCCCAUACAUGAUAUUAGGCAGGCAUAAGUGUGUGUUCCAUCUCUUUCUCUUUUGUUGAUUGGUUGCUUAAUUUUUAUUUCUUAUUUUUUAAUUGCAUAAAAUAGCAAAAUACCUUAAUAUAAUACAGUGGUGCCUCGCAAGGCGAAAUUAAUUCGUUCCGCAAGUUUUUUCUUCUUGCGAGUUUUUCGUCUUGCGAUGCACGGUUUCCCAUAGGAAUGCAUUGAAAAUCAAUUAAUGCGUUCCUAGGAAACCGACUUCAGACCAGGUCCGGGGACAGUCUGUCCCCGACCUCUUCUGAAGGCUGGGGGGACAAGGGCUUUUCUUCCCACCCACCCCAGCAUUUUAAAACCCCGGGACAGCGGAGGGCUUCUCCGCUGUCCGGGGCGAUCUUAAAAUGCUGGCGGGCGGCAUUUGAAAUUGCCCCGGGACAGCGGAGGACUUCUCCGCUGUCCGGGGCAAUUUAAGCCCCUGGGAAGGCAGGCAGGGGACAAAGACUUUGCCCCGCCAGCCUUCAGAAGAGGUCCUGGACCUCUUCUGAAGGCUGGCGGGGGCGAAAGUCUUGUCCCCCCACCUGCCUUCAAAAGCUGUCCAGCCAAGGCUUGCGGACCUCUCCGCAAGCAGCGGCAGCACUGCCGCUGCUUGCGGAGAGUUGCCGGCAUGCCGAAGCCUGCGCGCGCUGAGAUCAGCGCGCCCAGGCUUCGCGGACCUCUCCGCGAGCAGCGGCAGCGCUGCCGCUGCUUGCGGAGAGUUGCCGGCAUGCCGAGGCCUGCGCUCGCUGAGAUCAGCGCGCCCAGGCCUCGCGGACCUCUCCGCGAGCAGCGGCAGCGCUGCCGCUGCUUGCGGAGAGUUGCCGGCAUGCCGAGCCUGCGCGCGCUGAGAUCAGCGCGCCCAGGCCCGCGGACCUCUCCGCGAGCAGCGGCAGCGCUGCCGCUGCUUGCGGAGAGCUGCCGGCAUGCCGAAGCCUGCGCGCGCUGAGAUCAGCGCGCCCAGGCUUCAGCGGACCUCUCCUGCCUUCAAAGCCGUCCGGGAUAGCGGGAGCGCUUCCCUGCUAUCCCGGACUGCUUUUAAAAUGCUGGCGGUGGGAGCAAAGCCUUCGGCCCCCGCCAGCCUUCCUGGACCUCUUCUGAAGGCCGGAGGGGGGAAGGCUUUGCUCCCCACCGCUAGCAUUUAAAAGAGGUCCCGGAGAUUUCCCUAUGGGCUUUCGUCUUGCGAGCAAGCCCAUAGGAAAUUCGCUUGUGAAGCGCCUCCAAAACGGAAAACCCUUUCGUCUAGCGGGUUUUCCGUCUUGCGAGGCGUUCGUCUUGCGGGGCACCACUGUAGUAGUCUGCUCCCUUAUUGUAUAUGUCCAACUAUAUUUGCCGAUAUUUACUAACUCAAAUUCAUUAGUAGUUUCUGUUGAAGGCAUGUCCAAUUAAAUAUUUAUUUUAUCUCUGGUCACUUUUGCUCUUUUAAAUUGUGUGUGCUAAUAUUUCUGUUUAAUAAUUGUAAGUUGUCUUGGAAAUGUGUUGAAAACUGGGAAAUGCAUUUCUUCAAGUGUUGGACAACUUAUGCUCUUGUAUGGAAGUUGUUUUAAAAGUUUAAGAGAUGUAUGUGUUCCAUUUUCUUUGUUACAUUGAAUAUUUUCACCUUGCUUUUGAGUCCUUGGUUGCAAGGCAGGUUUGAGCAUAUGCACUGGCCAGCCAGUCUGGGAGAUAACUGUAGGAUUAACUUGAGACCAGUAACUGCAAAAUACUAUGAUUUCGUUUCUUUCUUGUGCAUAGCUUGUUAGGGUCCAAAUUCGGGAAAAUAUCUCUGAGAAGCAAUCUGAAACGGUUUCACCAGUUGCCAAAGUAGGUGUUCAUCAGCAGCAGCCUGAGCUUCCUAUUAUGCACAUAAGGCCACUUCAAAAGCCAUCUUCAACAAAACUUGAAGUAAAGAAUCGGACUGUGUUUUUUCCUGAAACAAAGUCUGGGGAAAGCUCAGGUAAGGUCGGUCUUGCAUAUGACUAGUAUCUUUUUGAGUAAAAUGUUUUCUAAUGGUGAAAACGAAACAUGUAUUACUUCAGUGAGACAAGCAUGACUGGCCAUGCACAGCAGCGACUCACACUUGAAAUUCACAUUCACACAGUUCACACAUAACACUAAGCCAAUAACAAAUUGGCAAGUGUGCAGGUUUCCAAACUGAAGUUGUAUUAAUUUCAUUAUUUUCCAUGCAAUUCAUCUCAGUCUUGCAGCACUUUAAAACCCUUUUUAUGGUCUUUUUAUAGAAGACUAUAAAUAUGAUCACUCCUGACCAAAUGUUAUAAGCACUUUCACUGAACUUAAGAAGUUCCUCAACUCACUGGGCUCUCAGAAGAAUGCUGCUCUUGAGUAGCAUGUCUUUCCCAGGUUAAAAAGUCUUUGCGUCGUCACACAGAAAUCCCCUUGAUCUAAGAAACCUCUAGCCUGACUACCAGUCACAGCUUCUUCCAUUCCAGGCUAUAGGACCUCAUGGAGCCUCUCAGCCAAGAGACCUGCCACACUCCUUGUCUGUAAAGAAAUUCUCUCUUCCUAGCUAAGCCCCAGGGCAGUGCCAGGCUUCACAAGUUAAUUCUAUAACCCCCAAAUGAAUAGACAAGGAAGAUAAUCAUUCCCAUAUACUAUCUCACAGUUCAUGCAAACAAGGUCCAAAUCCUUCACAGGCCCUUAUAAGAAUAACUGUUACUUGCUAUGGAUGUUUGUAUGUGAUGCCAAUAAAAGGUUUGAUGAUGAUGAUAAAUAACUGUUACUUACAUUACUUGCCUGCACUUCUUCUUCCAGAAAAGUACAUAGAGAUUGAAAAUAAUGGAGAUGCAAAUGUGAAGUGGCUAUUGUCAUCUUUUGCACCGCCUUAUUUCAAGGUGAGUAGAAAAUCUGGAAAAACAAACACACACUGUCUUUAAAAGAUCAGGUUAUAUAUUCUGUAAUCUUUGCAUCUAAACAGACCUGGCCUGACAAGAACACGCAAAUAGAGCUCUUCUGACGGAAGAAAAAUAUUGGAAAAUAGGUUUCAAAAGCAACACCGAAAAUUCAAACAUUUUUAAAGAAUUAAUCUCUUUCUGAUCUGGUUGCUUACCCUCAACUUGUAGUAGAUAGACAAAUGUGCAUACUCUGGUUUUUAAUCAGAUUGUAUAGAUAGACAAGUGCUGGACAUAGGUAAACACUUAAAAUUUCGAAUGAUCUCAACAGUAGAUUCACAAUGGAGGUGUUGGAGAACAAACUGGAAAAUCAUUUUUAUGAAAUCAUUAGAUACUGAAAUUAACAACUUCCAUGUUAAUGGGUGGUAUUCAUCUAAGUUUUAGCCCUGCUGAGUUAAGGGACCUAACUGAGUCAUGAUCAUUAAUUCAAAUGGGUCUACUCUGAGAAAAACCUAAUUGAACACCACCCAGUUUCCAAUUAAAACCCACUUCACUUGCACAUGUUCCAAGGCUGCUUUGUAAAACUAGUGUUUCUGUUUAAUAAUUUCCUUUCAGGGCUUAGAUGACAGUGGAGAGGUUUACAGGGCCACAUAUACUGCUUUUCGAUGUUCAUUGCUUUCUGGUAUUCUUAAAGCUCAUGGGGAAGAAAAGGUAAGUCACAUUGACUGUGUUUUCAUCUUAAUACACUGCACUUCUGUUUGUCUUCCAUAAAAAAAAAAAUCAGUUAAUGCUUCAAAAGUUCUAGGCUAUAACAACAGCAUUUUUGUGAAAUGAAGUCAGGCUUCUACUCAAUAAUCCAUCUUGAAAAAUCUAAAGAAAUUGAAAAAGUAGCAUCAAGAUUACACAAUACUGUUCGGUUCUGCAUGAAGAAACUUGCUUUUCUUAGAGUAUACUGUGAAGAAUUAACUUUGAGAUAUGGGGUGACUUCACCUACGCUGUAUGUGCAGUGUCACAUGACAUAAAUUUGUAGACCUAGUUCAUUUGAAUUUGUAGUCAUACAAGGCAGGAGGGGGGCUUAUCAGAUCAUUCAGGAUCCUCAUGUGGCAUAGAGCAUCUCUUCCACACUCCCCUCACAAUUGUGAAUUACAGUGGUGCCUCGCAAGACGAAAUUAAUCCGUUCCGUGAGUCUCUUUGUUUUGCGGUUUUUUCGUCUUGCGAAGCACGGCUAUUAGCGGCUUUAAGAAAAAGGAAACAAACUCGCAAGAACUCGCAAGACGUUUCGUCUUGCGAAGCAAGCCCAUAGGGAAAUUCGUCUUGCGGAACGACUCAAAAAACGGAAAACUCUUUCGUCUUGCGCGUUUUUCGUCUUGCGAGGCACCACUGUACUUCCUCAGCUAGAAAGUGACACGUUUCAUAGGAAAAAAGGACAUACUAGAGACUCAUACUGCUUGCGAGGAUGAUUGCAAAAGCAGGUAAACUACAAACUCCAGUAACAAGAAGGGUUGUCAGAUGGAUGCUGAAGGCUGCAUUGGUCCUAUAGCUGUAAUCUCAAGGAAUUUGCUGAAUAGAAAGUUGAUCCUCUGAUCAAUCUGAUUUUUACUUUACUUUGUGCUGCUAUCCCACUGCCUUUGCUCCCCCUCACACACACCCCAUUGCUGGCAUGCCAAGAACAUGGUGUCUCUCACAUUAUUUCUGGCCUUACCUGAUGAACCAGUUACUAAAUACAGUGAAAUAAAAAUUAAAAAGCUGCUUAUUUACAAAGCAAAAGUUAACAUUCAAUAUUCUCUCUCUUUGUACCUUGAAAAUCAUUCAUAAAACACUAAUAAGAACGCUUGUCUGCCUUUUCCCUCCCCACACUGGUUGAUGGCCUGCCAUAAACAGGCGAAUGCCUUUUUAUUUAAACAGGCAAUUGGCAUUCUGGGCUGAAUUGUUUUGCUCAGCUGUUCUGUGUUUUAAUAUGCAUUUCUAAUUGAUGUUUGUAACUAGCUGACAUUUUAAUCAACUUUUGUCUCGUGUGUUUAUCUGAUCUUAUUGUUAUCCUUAGUUUGGAAUUUUUUUAAUGGAAAGGUGAAGGAUAAAUUGUCCCUCGAUUCUCCCCUUAUAUUUCGCAUGACAAACUUCUUUUCUCUGAGUGAGGACAGUCACUGUGCUUCAGAAAAUCUUGUCACAUGAACCUAGAGGCAGUGUCUUCAUUAAGACACUGAUAGAGCUGUCUUAAUGAAGGUUCAUCUUCCAGCUUCCCCAGAAAUUGAAGGAGGAAUCUACUAGUUAUUGACCAUUCCUCUGAGCUCAUGGUCUGGUAUCUGCUGAAGGAUAGUAUCUUUUUUCUGCCCUCCUUAACAGGAAUGAAUGCUUCUCUUUGGGAAUUUUAGUAAAGACCUCCCCUUUCCCAGAUGUUGUGCUGUACCAGUUAUUACCUAAGUGGUCAUACAUAAUCAAAAGGGUUAUGGUUAAAUGGGUACAACCAUGGGCAUCCUCAGGAUUUGUGGAAGGGGGCAGGGUGAGAGGGCACAAAGUGAAAUAUUGAAAGAGGGGUGCAGGCUAGUUUCUCACAAAAAUUAGGAAAAAAUAGUAUAUCAGGCUUUACAAAUUCUAGAAACUGUAUUUUUCAAUAUGAAAGCUGACAGUAAUAGAAAUCCAGGAAUUAUGGUUCCUCUGGAGGGAGCAACUGCCCUCCUUCUAGAGGCCCAUGGGUAGAACUAAUCAUUCAGGAUCAUUGGGAACCUACAUAAAUUGGAUAAGGAACUUACACCUUGUUAAUAUUGGCCCCUGGGGUUGGUCUUGUAUCAGCAGUCCAGGUAGUGUCAGUGACAUUACAUAGAUUGGAAUAGCACUUUCGCCAACUCUGACAAACACAAAAGAAAUGGCUGUCGAUUCAGUCAAAUUUGGAAAAGAAUUUAUUCUCUAACUUACUUUCUUCAUAGGUUGUAGUCACCUUUUUACCUAGAGACAGAGGACACUAUUCUCAGUUCUGGGAUCUCGAGUGUCACCCACUUCACGAAUCUCACUUGAAAGACAAACACAGACUUCAGUUUUGUGGAAUGGUGAGUAUAUGAAUGAGAUCAUUAUUUUAUUUAUUAGAGAUUAAUACUCAACAAGAUUUCAUUCCUUGUUGAGAUGUAAUGUGAAACAUUGUCAUUUCAUCAUUUGUGUAGUCUCAUCAUUUGUCUAGCCUCCUCCAUACAAAAGAACUCCCAUAAUAAUAAUAAUCUUGUCUAAUCUAAAUGCUUAAAGCAUACAGGAUUUAAACAACUUUUGUAGCUUUAUACUAAAUACUUUGUACCUGUUUCCAGACAAGGUAUCUCUGAGGAGACAUACACAUAGCAAAAAGGCCCCAAAGCACUAGGUGCUUUUGUCUCCAGCCACUGGAUUAGAUUAGAUUGAUUAUUUAAUUUCUGUAUCACUUAAUAUAUUAAAAAUAUAUCUAAGCGGUAGACAAAAAAGAGGUAACAACAGACAUCUUAAGCAAAUAUUACCAAAAACAGUUAGAUAUUAAAAUGUUACAUUAAUAUAAAGUUUUAUCUGUCUAUCUAUGUAUGUAUGUACAUUUUCCUUCUGACACACCCUCCCCUUAGCUUCUGGGUUCUCACCCAGGGUCUAAACAAACUCUCAGUUCACCCGCAAAAGUCUCAUGAGAAGAGUUCCCUGAAACAGCGGACAACACCCUAGUCUCUCACUCUAGACUUGCUUUUUAUGGGCAGGUCCAAGAACAGGAUUGGAGAAUCUGUGGUCCUUCAAAUGUUGUUGGAUUACCUCAUCCCCAUUCAGUAGUUGAUGAUAGUUGAAAUGUAACAUCUGGAGGAAAUCAGCUUUCUCCCCCUCUGCAUUAGAUGAUUCAGCUAGAUGUUGAGUUAGAAAAUACCUCCUAAAAGCCAGUCUUGCUUCUGCCUAGUUAGCGAAUGGUCACAGGUUCCUGUUCUUUAUUCUGCUACUUCCAUUCUGUUUGAGCAAGUCCUCCCUUACAAGUCAGACAGAGAAGGAAAAACAACAAGAUAACAAUAUUAAGUGCUGAACUGUGCUACUUUGAACCUGCUUCUGCACUCAUGAUUCUUCAGUGGUACAUUUUUCCUACUCAGUACAAUGGCCUGAAGAGUUUUGUAAUAUUGUCAGCCUACAAGUGACAUAUGUAGUAAGUGAAAUCUUCACUUAGUAGUGUAUCUGCCUCAACACUAGAAUUGUUUUUGACAACAAAAGUAAUCCUUCUCAAAGUAAUGAAUUUAAUUUUUCACAUCCAUGAAAAAUGUUCAGCGUACAGUGGUACCUCGGGUUAAGUACUUAAUUCGUUCCGGAGGUCCGUACUUAACCUGAAACUGUUCUUAACCUGAAGCACCACUUUAGCUAAUGGGGCCUCCUGCUGCUGCCGCGCCGCCGGAGCACAAUUCUGUUCUCAUCCUGAAGCAAAGUUCUUAACCUGUAGCACUAUUUCUGGGUUAGCGGAGUCUGUAACCUGAAGCGUAUGUAACCUGAGGUACCACUGUAGUUCAGGGAGCUAAUACUAAUGUAUAACUUCAGAUGUUUCUUGCAUCAGGGUGUCUUAGGAAAUGAAGAUUUUAAAAAUGAAGAUUCCGCAGCUGCUUUAGUAAAAGUCAGCGUUCGAGAUGUGACCCUAAGAAGAGAUUACCCUAAUACCUCUGAACACAAAAUGUGGUAUGUGAAAAUGAUUUUUUUUUAUAAGCCAUAUGUCUACUCUUUCAUCAUCAACAAAGUAACUCUUGAUCAUUGUUGCUUAUGUGACAUAAGGUGAUUCAGCUUCAAAGGAGGAACUGAGAGUGAUAUUCUUUCCUAUGCUGAAGUGAAAUCCAUUUUAUUUCCUUUUUAUCCCACCCUCUUCCAAGGAGCUCCAGCUGGCUUAGAUGGCUAGCAGAUGGUUUGCUUAUUUUUACAGUGAAUAGCUUCAGACAAAAAAUUAUAGCAACAAUGGGUUAUCAAAGACCCCACACCCAACAAUAUUACAGAAUGUUUGCAAAAUGCAUUUUCAUAGGAUUCCUAAAACUAAACAGUAAAGUGGGUUUGGUGGGACUCUCUAGGAAAGAUACUAUCCAGUUGUGGUUCCAACAAUGUGCCAAAUGUUGAUUCUUUGCUUUCAAAGAAAUACAAGAAUAUUACUAACACAGAUAUAAUAAUAUACAUGAUUGUUUGACUGUAUUUUUACAUUUCUCUUUCAAAAACAGGAAAGGGGUACAUGCCCAGGAAGACAUUUAUAAAUUUCCUCCAACUAGAAUUGGUGAAUCCAGUACACUGAAAAUUACUGUGAGGAAUUAUUCUUCCUUUUCAAACAAGGUAUAUAUAGAAUUAAUAGUAUUGUUUCAAGAUGUGUUUAUAUAAUAACUCUUACUCCUUAGCAUCUAAUUCCUGAUAGUAGGUCUCGGGCUAAAUUUCUUUCUACCAAUGUUUGUUUUCUGGUCAUUCACUUCCCAACAUUCAUCUCAUUUUCAGCUGAACACCAAUUAACUUUCAUUUUAAAAUUGUACACUAUAUUGAAUGUAAAUCCCAAUCUUGGAACUUGUGCUGUGGAUUGAUUGUUGAACAAAUAUUAAAAGCUUAAACACUACAAACCUUUUCUGGUCUAAAUCCAACAAAGUUGGGCGUGGGUUUAAGCAAGCUUAACUGUUUUGGAUGCAGACCUUUUUGUUAAACCUGCAUCCCAGUAUAUCUUUUAUCUUAUUGCUGAACUCUGGGGAACUAUGUGCUUAGUUGUUAAUGAAUAUAGUAACCUGAAUUGUCUUAACCAUUUCUUGUUAAAUUUCAGCUGAAGUUCAGAUGUCCCAGAGAGCCUUUUUACAUCAAACAUUCCCAUUAUACUUUGAGGUAAGUGAACUCAAAUGUUCUAAAGCUUCAACUUUUACCUGGAUUAGGAGGAUGAGUAUUGGCCGUGCUGGUGUGAAUGGGAGUUGUCAUUAAACAACAUCUGGGGAGCACCAUGUUGACUGUCUCUAGAACAGCAGUUCUCAGCCUGUGGGUCCCCAGAUGUUGUUGGACUACAACUCCCAUCAUCCCUGAGCUCUGGCCUUGCUAGCUAGGGGUGAUGGGAGUUGUAGUUCAACAACAUCUGGGGACCCACACGUUGAGAAAGGCUGCUCUAGAACAUUUGUCUUGAUACCCCUGCAUAGCCCAUGUGGUUGUGGCACUGGAGACACUCAAAGUAAAUGCCUGAGUUAUGUCCUGUACACACAUUUUCUAGAAUGGCUUAAGUUUCUUGGUUAUGCUGAUGUCAAAGAUCAAAGGCACAAAGAGACUUUUAAAUGUUCUUACAUAUUCAAAAAGUUUGUAAAUACUUAAAUAUUUUUUAUUUUAGUUGUAUUGUUUUGCUGCUUUGUUAUUUGUUGCCCUGGCCUCCUUUGGGAGGUAAGUGGGAUAGAAAUGUAAUUACUGAUAACAGUUAAUAAUCCAUAAUGAUUGAUAAACCAGUUUGAACUCCACACACAAUAUUAUGCCACUGACUGCAGUAUUCUGGCCAGUUAGCAAGUGAACUUUCUGCUGGCUCUUGCAGACCUACAGAGCUCCCAAAAAGAUGGUAAAGAGCUACAGUACUUUUCUCUUGAAAUCUCAAACUGAAGCAGCCUGUUAAGGAAUUGUCUAACUGUUGUAAACUUGUCUCUUGCAGAUGUCACCACUACUGCAACUUACCAGUACAGUUCAAGCCAGUAUCAGCAGGCACUUUCAAAGGCUUAUUGAUGGUAGAGACAGACAAAAGUGGCACUCUUACCAUUCAGCUCAUUGGUGUGGGUUUGGCAGAAUAG